AGGCAGGGGAGAGAAAGGGGAGUGGAUGUUUGAAGGGGAAGUGUGUUUAAAAGCUUAAAGUGUAUAAAGGUCGUCAGACAGAAGCAAGGGUGCAUUCAAAGGAUCACGCACUGCACACUUUCUGCUACACCGUAAUCUCCAUAAAACAGGUAUUUUAAUAUAUAUAUGACCUGCAUUGUAGACAAUCUGAAAGUGCUAAACAUGUUAAAAGGCAGAGAUCUAAGUAAUUCGAAACAUGUUUAAUUAUUUACAGCUGCUUUAUUCAACCUGUUAAACGCUCUGCAAGUGAGAGUUCAUUUUAAAAGGUUACCCCAAGCUCCACGACCAAAUUAGUUAGUUGAAGUUGUCAUGGUUCCUGGAGUAUGUAUGUGCAGUUUUUAAAAAACUAACUCCAGCUUCGGCAGCAUCAUUGGAGUGUCAUUAUAGCCAGCCUGAAGCAAGAAUUCCAGCCUGCUAAGUCCUGUGGUUGGUGUCUCUCUCACACACACAACAUGCUGACAAUAGACAGCCAAUGGUGACAUAGCCUCCUCCUUCAAGCUGCCCAUGAAUUUUAUUGCCAUUUUAGUUUUUUGAGUGUGUCAUAACAGCUGUACUAUUACAGCAAGUUGUGGUAAUGUGAAAACCAUAUGCAAAAUUUAUGCUGAAAUAGGUCAGAAAUAACAAAACGCUUGUGAAUUUGAGAUUGAUUCCAAGGUUGCCAUGUUUUCUAAUCCUCUUGUAAUUUAUGCACAAGUCACUGUUUAAAGAAUUUAACAAAUUCUGUAUUGCAAUCUUUGAAAUGAUUGCAUACACUAUUGCAGAAACUAGACGUUGGUGUGUGACAGCAGCCUUUUGUAAUGCAUUGUAUUUGGUAAUCUGUGUUCUACGUGCUCUGCAUUCCAAGAAUGGCAGAGAAUGCUGUGUAAGCAUGCUAUGUAAUGUGUAGGAAAAAGACAAAACCAAAAUACGAGUUUGAAACCUGGGUUGUUUUCCUGUAUAUUUCUAUGUAUCUAUUUACAUUAUUUUAAUGGGAAAUUUAUUUUUGAAACCAUAUAAUUCACAUUAAGGUAUUGUGAUAAGGUGAAUGGGGUGGUCUGUGAGGGAGUUUAUAUUUCAACUGAAUUGUUCAGAGAGGCAUAUGAUUUUUAACCCCGGGGGAGUGUGAGUUACGGUGUGUGUGUGUGUGUGUGUGUGUGUAUAUAUAACCAAAAUGAAUAUUUAGUUAUGCUUUUUGUUAAUGGGGAUUUUGUUACAUUAUUGUUUGUUUUUGGUUUUUUUCAUCUACUGCUGUCUCCUGUGUGGAUUUACAAAUAAAGUGCUUGGAAUUAAGUUCCUUUUAACCCCUUAAGGACCAAACUUCUGGAAUAAAAGGGAAUCAUGACAUGUCACACAUGUCAUGUGUCAUUAAGGGAUUAAAGACUGUGCAUGUUUGUACCCAAAAGGACCGUGCUACCUGCAGACAAGGAUCACAGUAUCAUGCUAUAAAUUAAAUUCCACAAUUCAGUCAUCAUGCAUCGGGUCUUUAAAUCUUAGUACAUUGCAGGGACUUUUGGUAAAUUACUACCGUAUACAUGUCUUUGGCUGUCCAAGAGUGAUGGAAGUCACAUUCCUGGCUGCAUUCAUAGUUACAUAGCUGAAAACAAACUUGCGUACAUCAAGUUCAGCCUUCCUCACAUAUGUUUUUGCUGUUGAUCCAAAAGAAGGUGAAAAAACCCAAUCCGUUAAGCGCUUCCAAUUUUGCAGACUAGGAAAAAAAUCCUUUUGAUCCCAAAAUGGCAGUCCGAUAUCUCCUUGGAUCCAGUAGCUAUUACCCCACUAAUUAGAAAUGAUAUCCCUGUAUGUUAUUGAAAUGGAAAAAUCAAUCAAGGUAUUGAUUAUUUCUUUGUGUAUCUGCCCCUGGCCAAAUCAAUGAAACAAUGCGUGCACGCUCCCUAAAGUAAUUCACACCAGACACAGGUUCCAGGUUGUUGAAUAACUUGAGGAAAGUUUAUUCAGAGGGGCCGGCAGGUCCCUUUUAAAGCAAAAUUACAUCAUAAGCAUUGUCAGAGAUAACAUGGAAUAAUACAUCAAUAAUUGGUUAGGUGUUAAGUGGUCUUCCUAAUGCUCUGCCUACUGAGGGUGAUGUCACCAGGACCAUGAGGGUCUCCCACGGUUUCCCGGCGCCAUCUUGCCGCACGAGGUAGUUAGUCGGUGUUAAAGGGAGAAAAGGGGGGGGAAGGGGUUAGAAGCUUCUAGCAGCCAUCUUGGUUAAAAUAUGUGUGUAUAGCUUUAUAAUGUAUAUCGUGGAAUGAGUAAAUAGACAUUUUCACUAACUAGGAAAUAUGUGCAGACCUUAUUUCCACAACAGUCCCCCCUAAAAUGGCUAUUUACUAUGACAACUGCCACUGUCCCUAGUGUAUCCCUAGCUGCCUGCAGCUCAUCUGUCUUCACAAGCAUCAAACUCUUCACUGCGUGGGUAACCCGCAGUAGCUAGUCCACCACAUCUCCACACGUGAGACUUGCCCGCAAAGACAGACGCUUUCCCUAUACUGUCCCUACAGAAAUGCAGUUGUCUGUUUAAACUGAUGUGACUGAAGGGGUGUAUGUGGAGUGUCAUCUUCGAGGUCUGUGAUGUCUUGAUGGAGGAAGGUAGGAGUCACGUCAUCUAUAGUCUUCCCUACUGCUUUCUGUAAGUACUUCUGUAUGCAAGGGAGCACACAACAGGUUAGGAAUAAGAAGAUGAUGAUCAUUAUAAGAACAGCCGUUCCUACCUGGAAGAGGGUCCUUUGCCAUCCAUUCAUCCACCCAAACCAUCUGUCCCAAGUGUCAGUGACCCCUGAGUUCUUUUUUAGUUCGUCGGAGAGGCUAUCUAGCUUCUCUAUGGCCAUAGUUACCUUACCAUUUGGCCCAGUGUUGUCUGGAAUGAAUGUGCAGCAUGUCAUAGUUUCAGGGAGGAUCUUACAUACACCCCCUUUCUCAGCUAAAAUCAUAUCUAGGGCCAUUCUAUUCUGAAAUGUCAUUUGAGUAGUGGCUUGUAAUUGCUCUGCCAGGCCCUGUAGGGCAUCCCUUGUGUAAUUAACAAAGCGCUGUUGAUUAUAAUAGAUGUAAUUAAUCCAAUUGACAUUCUUAUUAGCAGUUAUCAUUGGAAUCAAGGAUUCAAAUCCUGCUGCCACUUCAUCCCUUGCUUUGAAUUCGCUAGGCACCCCCCUUGGCACACCAAUGGCAUCAAUAUACACAUGGGGGUCGAAGCUCCCUCGGAUGGUGGCCUCACGUUUGGUUCUAGAAUGUACGUGUGUGUGGUCUAGUGUGUUGUGGCUACCAUCUGGAAUAAUGUGGAUGGGCAUUAUAACUUUGGUUAGGGCACACUCCCCCCACCAUUUCCCAGCUAGUUGGGACCUCAAUUGCCUGUCACCACAUAACCAAUAGAUAUAACCGAUUGUCUUUGCAUGAUUCAUUAACAGUGACACAGGCGGGCUAUGGUAGGUUGAGCAAUAUCCAGAUGGGAAUUUGCCCAGAUACACACCAGUAUUCUUAGGUAUUGAAUAACAUGUGUAAUUACCUGGGUAUACUGUGACUCCAUCAGGUGGCUUGACAUAUCCAUGAGUGAUUGGGUAAACCCUUUUCCAUGAUUCACAUGUUGAGGAAUUUGUGGUGGACUGUGCAUAGAGACUUAAAACACAUAGUUCUACUUCAGGAGGCAAACUUAGAGGUACCGUGCCCAGAUGGGGCCUAGCUCCCCCACAUACCUAGCAAUUUGUCUUAUUGUGUGAGUUGGCAUUAUACCUCAUCCAUUCUAGCCACAAAUUAGUGUCUGAAAACCCAGUCUCCACUGCCAUAGUGUCUUCAAAGGUAGGGUUGGCUAUAGCUACCAUGUCAUGUAGAGUCUUAAUAUGUGGUUUUAACGGGUUAAUAGUCAUGUGAGUGGUUCCUACGCAGUCUGGUGAGGUGAACAUGUCCUGUAGGUAGAAUGUCCCCAGUUUAUUAUGUGAACCACCUCCCUUCCAGUACAUUCCCAUUACAUAUUCCCCUGCGUCUUUUGGGCUGGGGUGCUCUAUGUUCAAAGUAAGCUUAAUAGGAGUUGACCCUAUGGGUUUGCUCAAGGUCAUUCUGGAAAGUAGAGGCUUCCCGUCUUUGUCAAGUCUGUCCAAUGCACUCUGGGGUCUGUAGCCCCAUGGUCUACCCGUGUUCCACCCGGCAGCUUUCCAUUAACUACAAUGAUGUCCUCAAACUCCUCCAGUUACACAAAUGUAUGGGUCCUUUCUGCUAGGUAUGUCUUUGUAUAUGGCUGCAUAUUGUGUUUGUGGAAAGGUGCAAACAACUAUGUCACAGUAAUCAAAGGUGUAUGUAGCUACGUCUGUGUUAGAAGAGUUGUACCAGAAAGUGUAGACAUGAUUAUCUUUGGUUAUGGCCACUUGUUGGGCCCAGGCAAAAUGUAGCAGCAUAAGAAAACACAAGACACAUAACAAAUUCAUAUUUCAGCAGGAGUAGCCUCUUCUGGUGCAGGCACUUUCUUGCAAUGCGAAGCGUGUAUCCAAGAACUCUUUCCUGCUAGCUUAACUGACGUUGCUGUGAUCAGGAGCACUUGAUAAGGGCCAUCAAAUCUUGGCUCUAGGGGUGUGUUUCCUGAGAAACUUCUUGACCAUAACCCAAUCACCGGAGAGCAGCUUGUGUGUACCUGUAUUCGACUCAGGAUCUGGAAUAGAAGAAAACACUUGGGCAUGUAUUUUGGUCAAGGCAUGUGAGAGGGCAGUCACAUAGUCUACCAUAGCAUCUGACUGGAUCUGAAGUUGUUGAGGAAAGUAACAACCUAGCCUGGGUGCUGUGCCAAACAGAAUCUCAUAAGGUGAUAGGCUAUAUUUUCCCCUAGGAGUGUACCUUACGCUUAAACAACGCUAAUGGGAGACUCUCGGGCCAGGACAUGUUAAUUUCCUGUGACAUUUUAAGCAUUCUGGCUUUCAAAGUGCCAUUCAUGCGCUCUACCUUACCACUACUCUGUGGGUGAUAUGGUGUGUGGAAUGCAAGGGUCACCCCCAGUGCUGACCAGACUUCCCGUGUCAAUGAGGCAGUAAAGGAGGUCCCAUGGUCACUUUCAAUCACUUCUGGAACUCCAUAUCGGCAAACAAUUUCCGUUAAAAGGUACUUGGCCGUAGUUCUUGCUGUGAGAUUAGUCACUGGGAAAGCCUCUGGCCAUCCUGAAAACAUGUCCACUAUGACCAGUGCGUAUUCAUAACGUCCACUCUUUGGCAUUUGAAUAUGGUCAAUCUGGAUCCUCUGAAAGGGGUAUUGCGGCUUGGCUAGGUGGUUAGGUGGUCUUUAUGAUUUUUCCAGGAUUACAUUUAGCACAUAUUGUACAAGAUUUACAGUAAUUCUGUGUUAAGGUAGUGAUGCCUGGUGCUUCAAAAUACUUGUCAAUCAAUGAGUUCAUCAGAUGUUUUGACAGGUGGGCUGGCCCAUGGGCCCAUUGGACCACCGCUGGGUACAUGUUUCUGGGUAGGCAAAACUUGAGAUUAACAGUGUAAACAUCAUCACGGAGAACCGCUCCUCUGUUCUUCCAACUUUGUUUCUCUUGGGGGGUAGCAACAGCUUGUUGUUCCUUUAGAAGCCUAAGAUCUGUAGGCAGUGUCUGCAUAGUGUAAAUGAGUACUGUGUCUGUGGCCACUCUUCUGUCCACUUCCCAUCCUUGUCGUGCUGCUUCCUUAGCGGCCUGAUCAGCUAAGUGGUUGCCCCGUGCUUCUUCUGAGUCUAGUCGUCCGUGGGCUUUUACUUUUAGUACUGCCACCUCUGCUGGAAGUUCUAAAGCAUCCAUCAGUUCUGCAAUGGCUGCCCCAUGUUUCACUGGGGUACCGGUAGCUGUAAGAAAUCCUCUUGUUUUCUAAAUUAGACCAAAGUCAUGUGCUACCCCCAGGGCAUAUCUUGAGUCUGUAUAGAUAUUGACACGUAGACCUUCAGACAAUUUGCAGGCCACAGUUAGGGCUGUCAACUCUGCUUCUUGGGCAGACUUGGUUGGUUUUAGGGCAGCUGCUUGUAAUACUUGACAUCCUGUGGUGACUGCAUACCCGGUGUGGUAUUGUCCCUGUUCAUCAGCAAAUCUUGAGCCGUCUACAAAUAGUGUUUGGUCUGGGUUAAGUAAUGCAGCUUCAUAGACAGUUGGCAGGUGUGUAGUUUCCAUUUUCAUUUGUUCGAAACAAUCAUGGGGAAUAUCGAGGUCGCAGUCUAUGAUGAGUGGGUCUUCACAGACUUCUGUGUGGUACCUAGGGUACCCUGUUGUACAGUAAUUAAUAGUCUUUUUGGUGAUCCCCAUAGAGGUCAGUUGUUCUCGAUUCAUUUGACUCCAGGUCUUGGCCAUCGGGCCUAGGUCUUUCCAUAGUGUCAGGGGAUUUGGUGAGGGAUAUGUGUGGGACAGCUGUUUCCCAAUGAUGGUAGAGAUGUGUCACGUUCUCUGGGAGAUGGACUAAGAUGAGCAUGGUACCUGUGGGGUCCCAUAACAAGUCAGUCAGAGUAAUUUGAAUUUCCUUGAGUUGGAACAAUUCUUCCUCAUAGUUCAUAUCAGGGCCUGGUCUGUCCCUAAACCACAAAGUGCAGUGGAGUAAAGUCUCUGAUUGUUCAUCAUGUGGGGGUGCAAGGGCAGGCAGCUGCAAAUCUGAUCAAACCUCUGGGUUGAUGUCCAAGCUAUACCAAUACUGCACAAUUCCCCCCUUGGGAAGUGGCAGAAGAGUGGCCGGGUUCAGGGAGAAACACCGUUGAAGUUUCACAUUGUCAGGUAACAGUAAAGAUGUUUGGAGACGAAGGUGGCGUUGAGAAGAAAGGUGCUUAGGUUGAACUUGUUGCAGGAUAGCAGUAAUGUCAUGAGGCGCCAACACCGUGAGGUGGUGACCAAGAACAAAAUCAUUGGUCUUGUCCAAGAGGGCACUGGCAGCAAACACCGCUCUGAGGCAGGAGGGACUACCCCUAGCCACGGGGUCAAGCAUGCAGGAGAAAUAGCCAAUGGGCCACUGUCUUGAACCAUGUUUUUGGGUAAGGACUCUGGAAGCAUGUCCAGACUUCUCUGAGAAAAACAGAUUGAAGGGUAAUUGGUAGUUUGGGAGGCCCAAGGCAGGUGCUGAAGCAAUAGCUCUCUUCAGACUGUGAAAACAGGCAAUAGCUUCUUCAGAGAGAUGGAAGGGCUCACUCCUGAGGGUAUCAUAGAGUGGCUGCAUGAGCUUUGAGGCUUCGGGUAUCCAGGACCUGCAGUAUGUAAUGAGUCCCAAAAAGGCAUGAAGAGUCUGGUGUGCUGCAGGUAGUGGGAGUUGCAAAAUAGCUUGUACACGUUGUGAAGUUAAAUGUCUGGUGCCAGGAAAGUCUGGAAAGACAAUGUCCCAAGAAGACCACGGAGGGCCGGCACCAUUGCAGCUUGGAUUUGGAGGCUUUGCAACCGGCUUCAGCGAGGAAACAUAGGAGAUCUUCUGAGUCUCGCUCUGCAGUAGGAAGAUCAGGAGCACAGAGAAGGAGAUCAUCAACAUAUUGAAGUAGAACAACAUCAGAGUGAGAUUUUUGCCAGGGUUCUAGAACCAAAGACCUGGCAUGAGCAAACUGUGUGGGGGAAUUCUGGGCCCCCUGUGGCAUGACAGUCCAGGUGUAUUGUUGUCCUUCGUGGGUAAAAGCGAAGAGAAAGCGACAGGAAGGGUCUAGAGGCACACUGAAAAAGGCAUUAGCCAGAUCCACUACAGUAAAAACUGUGGCAGUAGGUGGGACCUGGGACAAGAGAGUAUGUGGAUUUGGAACAAUGGUAGUAUCUUUGACAGUUACUUCAUUGACAGCACGAAGGUCCUGGGCCAUUCUGUACUGGUCAGGUUGGCCUUUGGCAGUUCUCUUCUUGACGGGAAAGAGAGGGGUGUUACAUGGAAACACAUACUUAAUAAGAGCACCUUUGGCGAGCAGGCUUUCAACUUGUUUGGUGAUAGCUUCAGCUUGCGCAGGUUUCAGAGGAUACUGUGGCCUACGGGGAGGUAAUGCUCCAGGCAAGAGCUUGACCACAACGGGGGGUACCUGUAAACAUCCGAUGUCAUCCGGGCCGGUGGACCAAAGUUUGUGUGGGAUACGGUCCAGAGCACUGGGGUUUUGUGGGACCCGUGAAUUCCCUGUAUUGUCAGUGAGGUUUAAUAAAAUGGGCAGCGAGCAGAGUACAGAGGUGUAGUUAACUGGACCUGACCAUCAGCAGUAAAGGUAAUGGAAGCCUGGAGCCGAGAGAGAACAUCAGCACCCAAGAGGUUAAUGGGACAGGUAGAAGAAACAACAAACCGGGAGAGUAUAUGUGAACCAACAUACAGGAGUUUAGUGAGGGGAUUACUGCGGGGUGUACCAUCCACCCCAACACAGAAGACAUCGGUGUCAGAUAAAAAGGAGGGGUCAGGCAGGUCUUGUUCCCUAAGAACACUACGGGUUGCACCUGUGUCGACUAGAAAGGUAGUUGGGUGACCCUCAACGGGGAGAACUACAGUAGCUAGGGGCCCUCCCCCCUCCCCUGCAGACACUGCCAUGGCAGGGGUUGCUGACACAGGCUUGCCGGUUACCUAUUGCAAUAAAUCUAAGUGGGCCUGGUCGGGUCCUUGGUACCGGCGGGAAGACGUGGGAGGGUGGCUAGGCUGCAUAGCAGGACAGGCAGGGCGGGUCUGUCGAGACUGGGUCUGAUUGUCAUGAAAAUCAUCCGUGUCAAACCCGUCAGCAGUAGCCGGAGGAUAGGCACGAGUCUCUGGAGCAGGGAGCCGGGCCUGGGUAUAUUCGGGAGGAGGAGGGAGCUGAGGCAAAUGUGGGUGAGGCAGGGCAUGGAGAUAACCUGUAGAGGGGUAGCCAUAGGUGGUGGUCUGUGGAUUAGUGUACCGGGGAGGUUGCGGGCGGAGCACCCUGGGGUGGGGGCAUUCCCUUCUGAAGUGGCCAGUUUGAUUACAGUUGUAACAGGUCCUGUUAGUCGGGAGGGUCCGGUCCUGGGUAGAGGGACCAGAUGCAGGAAGUGUUUGGGGCAGCUGAGUGUAGUGUUGAGCAAAUACCUGAGGGACAUGGGAAGAACCAGUGAUUGGUGUAGGUGUAGUGAACAUCAGUGGGCUAGCUCUCCUCUGUGUAGGUUGUAAAACAGAUUCUAAACCCUUGGCCACUAACAAGAGGGUGUCAAGUGGAAUAAUUCUGUACUCUGGACGAGAUAAAAUUAACCCCUUGCGAAUAUGCUCCUUAAGACCAGCCACGAAGGCUGCAGAUAACAUCUGAGUGUGUGCUUUGUUAUAGGCACUAAACCCUAAGUCCGAGAAAGUCUGAGUUAAUCUAGAGUGAUACUUCUCAACAGUCUCAAGUUUAUCCUGUAUAAUGUCAUUAAUACAUGUAGCCUGAUCAGCUAAUUUAUCCUGUGCCCAAGCUCGGAGUUGUUCACAAAAGACUAUACCAGAACGAUAAUCUGUGUCAGAAGUAAGUGGAGCAUCAUUAAAGCUCCUUGCCAUGAUUGGCCAGUAAGCAUCCCCAGCUUUAAUUUCACACAAACUCAAAAGGUCCCGCCAUGCAGCAGAAUAUGUCUUCCGAAUCUGAGCCAUUCUGCGGAAAAAGGGCAUGGGAUGCUUUUCAGGAUCAGGGAGAGAGGUUACAAGGGUAGCGGCUUGGGAGGGGUUAAAUGUGACAUACAUUGGCGGUGCACCAUCAGCUCCAGGGUUAACCUGGGUGUAACCCUGGGGGACAGAUUGCCGUGGUGGAAGCCUAUCUCCCCCUGGGUGAGGUGAAUUCUGUUCUUCCACAUCGACCUCCUCGGGUGCCGCGGUGAGGAGUAGUCUCAGGGGAAGCCAUGGCUGGAGCGGCCGGGAGGCCGGUGAUGGGUGAAGUGGUUGGGUGGAACCCCGAGGCCGGAGGGGAGACGCCCACCGCAUAGGGUUGGUCCGACGUUACUGACACACCGGACCCAACCACCAUGAUUGGGCAACUAGAACUAGCAGGGGGAGUAUAAGGUACCAAUGCCGUGGAGGGGGUGGGUGCAGGGGCCGGCUGGGAUGGACGUGACAGGUGAGUGUUAAGGACGUGAGCGAGAGCAGAGAUUAGAUCGGAGGGCUCGGGGGGAGUGGUGGUAGGCAGGGAAGGGUUUGGGGGGAUAGGAGGAGGAGGAGGAGGAGCAGGAAGAGGAGGAGGAGGCAAAUCCAUAGGGGGCGGGGAGGGGGUAGCAGAAUGAAUCAAGCCCGUGACAGCGGAGAGGAGGGCGGAUAUGGAGGUAGACAAGUCAUUGGAGGUGGUUGGUUCGGGGGUCACGGGGGGAGGGAUAGGGGAGGCAGGAACAGGGGGUUGGGUUACAGCAGUUAGGGCAGAGAGGAGGGACGACAAAUCGGCAGGGAGGGAAGGAGAUGACGAGGUAGACGGAGGUGACGUAAUAGGGGCGGGUAUAUCAGGUGACGGUGAUGACGUGUGGUCGACGGGCGGAUCUACCUGGAGAUUGGGGGGGGUUGGUUCUGGGAGUGUUGCAGGAGGAUGGGACAAGGCGGAGAGGGCGGUUACUAGUGACGUAAGGUCAAUGGAAGGAGGAGUGGUAGAGGAAGGGCCACGAGUGGCGGUGUGUGAGGAGACAGAGGCGGGGGAAACAGAAUCUGUAGGCUGGAUAAGGUUUAUGAGAGCAGAGAGCAGGGAUGAGGGGUCGUUAGAAGUAGCAGGAGAAGAAGUCGGAGGGGAUAGAGAAGUUGAGGUGGCGGAACGGGUUAGUUUUGAAAGAUUAUAGAAGAAGGAGGCAAGGUCUGAUGGGGAUGGGGAAGGGGUGGGAAGGGCAAGAGGGGGAGGAGGAAAGGGAUCGAGAGGCACGUUUGGGAGAACAGGUGAAGUGGGUGUAGUUAGUUGGGUGGAGGAUGAAAGUAGGGAGAGAAGAGAAGAAAGGUCCGAGGGUGGAAGAGGAGAGGGAUCAGCGGGAGGACAAGGGUCUGGGGGAUCUGAAGUAGUGAGGGCAGAGAGCAGGGACGAGAGAUCAAUGGACGGAGACGGGUGAGCGGGCGUCUCUGGGGAGGGGCCAAUCGGGGUGGAGAGGGGAAGAGAGGAGGCGGGGACCUCUGUGGGCGGGGUAGGAGCUGAUGGGACAGGAUCCGGACUAGGGGCUGAGGUGGAGGCAAGUGUAGGUAGAGGGGGCGGAGGACAGGAAGGUGGGGGAAUGUCAAUGGACGUAACGGGGGGAGGGGCGGGGGAUAGGGCAUGGGGCCUGGUCGGGAAGGGGCUGGAGCAUAGGGGUGGGUGGGAACGUAUGGAGUGGCACAGGAUAAUAGUAAGCGCCAUCGGCUCCGAGCACGGGGCACAAGGGAGUGGGGGCUGGAGCCACACCUCCAGGGGGAGGAGUCUGAGCAAUGACGGGAGAAGCAGGGUGGGAAUUAAUGGUCACGCUCUGGGCGCCAUCAUAGGGCGGUGGCUGGGGGACAGUGACAGGAACAUCAUCAUUGUUAACAUUCCUAUGGUACACAUGCACAAUUUGUCCUUCGAAGUCUAAUUCCUCCUCAAUCCAUCCCUCCCUCCCGCUUGAGACCUCAGGCCACCCGAUACCAAGCCUCUACAGCCUUCGUAAGCCCAUCAUCCAACAGCAAUCCCUCCUUAUCUAUGAGCAAUUUCCCUUUCAAAACUCGGGUUGCAAUCUCCCACUAGGUGACAUCUGGAAACCACACACUUUAGCAAUCUUUUUAAUCUUUAACAUAGCAUCUUCCCCCGCCCUUUCUUUCACAAUAUCACAAGCCAACAAUCCCUUAGCAGGUCUAGCAUGUUCCUGCCCCAUCUUGAUCAACCGGAGUGAGCCACGUGUGGAGGGACAGAUUUACAGAGAAAAAGAGGAAUGUCUACAGUGCUCGACUGCCACGAGGACUUGAGUCCCGUGCGUCUUCCCAAAACGUAGACUAGUCACAGGGGUCCGCCCACCUGGGGGGGUGGUGGUCACGGACCGGAGCGAGCGUGGGUGACUAACACAGCUCUGGGCAGCAAACACAGGAGAGAUAAAGGACAAAUGAAAAGAUGAACGUAGCUACACUAACAAGAAGACAUUUGCAGAAAUCACACACACAGAGAUGAGUGUAAACCCCCGAAUCCAGAACUAGCCACACAACACACACACACACACCGAGGGUACCCACACUGUAACAGCAGUUGAACAAGAACCACAGAAUGACAGAAAGUAAAAUGGCCAUGUACAUGUUAACUUCACCAAAAGCAAAUAUGCAAAUUGCGGCAAUCCCCAGCCCUUCCCCACUGGGCUGGCCCCCCUGUAACACGAUUAUUAACGAAACACAGCAGUUAUCAAACUAAAUCCCAGCCCUCUCUGGCUGUAAUGCGUCCCCUGCCCGCUAGGCAGUCAAGCUAAAUCCCAGCCCUCACUGGCUGUAAUGCGUCCCCUGCCCGCUAGGCAGUCAAGCUAAAGUUUCUAGAAGGAAAACACAUGCACCGGCUGUCACACACAUUCAAAUAAAUACAGGAGGCAGAUAGACAAUCGACAGGUUCGCUUAAAAAGGCACACCAGAUGAGUUAAUUACCUGUCUCUAGUAGCCUUCUGGGAGCCGGAAGUGGACUCGGAGGCAGACCGACACAAAACAGGAGAAUAACACAGGCAACGGCUGUAUUAUGGAGGUGAUCAGGCUCCGCUUGUCCCACUUUCCGGAGGUCCGCUCCGGUCCGUUGGUUUCCGGCCCUCCGAACCGGCGCUCCGGUGGCCCCACGUUGGGCGCCAAUUGAAAUGGAAAAAUCAAUCAAGGUAUUGAUUAUUUCUUUGUGUAUCUGCCCCUGGCCAAAUCAAUGAAACAAUGCGUGCACGCUCCCUAAAGUAAUUCACACCAGACACAGGUUCCAGGUUGUUGAAUAACUUGAGGAAAGUUUAUUCAGAGGGGACGGCAGGUCCCUUUUAAAGCAAAAUUACAUCAUAAGCAUUGUCAGAGAUAACAUGGAAUAAUACAUCAAUAAUUGGUUAGGUGUUAAGUGGUCUUCCUAAUGCUCUGCCUACUGAGGGUGAUGUCACCAGGACCAUGAGGGUCUCCCACGGUUUCCCGGCGCCAUCUUGCUGCACGAGGUAGUUAGUCGGUGUUAAAGGGGAGGGGGAGGAGGGGGUUAGAAGCUUCUAGCAGCCAUCUUGGUUAAAAUAUGUGUGUAUAGCUUUAUAAUGUAUAUCGUGGAAUGAGUAAAUAGACAUUUUCACUAACUAGGAAAUAUGUGCAGACCUUAUUUCCACAACAGUUAUGUUUUUGCAAGUAUUUAUCCAAUUGCUGUUUAAACACCUGUAUGGACUCUGAUAAAACUUUUCUUUGCCUUUGAUUAAAUCACAGCAUAUUCAAGGUGUGGUCUUACCAUUGACUUUUAUAAAGAGGCCAAAUUAUAUUUUCAUCCAGAGAAUGUAUGCCCCUAUUUAUACCUGACAAAACCUUACUGGCCUUAGCAACUGCAGAUGGACAUUGCAUAUUGCUGCCUUAUUUGUCUUUUAACAAUUCCCAAAUCCUUCUCGUGUGUUGUUACCCCUAAUUCACUAUCAUUUAGGGUGUAAGUUGCUUGUGCAUCCCCCUACCCCCCCCUCCCUUUUGUCAUUUAGGGCCCCCACUUGCCGCUCAUGAGUGAGUGCCAGACUGAGGCAGUAGGUAACCCACCCCUUAUCACAUAGGGCCCCCAUCUGCCGCUGACCUCAUACGCGACAGGCAAUCCAAAAUGUUCAAGUACAUUUCAGUUAAUGCAGGGGAGUCCACCAAUAAAUAUGGUUAAAAAAGGGAAAAACCUGCAUCUGACAGAAGGGGAGAAAAAACAAAAAUGUUUGUUGAUAAAGCAUCAGUAGUUACUGUUGUUUUUUUUAUUUUUUAUAUUUUUGUUUUUCCUCCCCUUCUGGCAGAUGCUUGUUUUUUUUUUUUAUGCGUUUUUUAACUUAGGGAGAAAGAGACUGCUUUCAAGGGAAACUAUAGUGACAGGAAAACAGUUCACUAUAGUCUGGUUGACAGCUGCAAUAAUUACAAUUGCAGGUUUAAACUGACAGAGGCACUGCAUCCAGACCAUAUCAAUGAGCUGAAGGUCUGGGUGCCUAUAGUGUUCCUGUAAGAAGUAUGAAGGUGUUUAUAAAAAAAUACCCCUCUCUGUCUCAUUAGAGAUUUUACAUUAUAGCUGAGGACAGCAAGGUGAAUUGUUGGUGUAGGACUCCCCUAAGAAGAGGGUUUUGUCUUGAUGUGGCAGGUGAGCUUACACUUAAAUGGCCAUUGGAGUGAUACUAAAAAUCCCUUCUGUAAUUAAAUUGUGCUCUAGUAACUUUUUUUUUUUUUCUUUCUUUCUUUUGGUUUUUAUUGUACAAAUUGCGGCUGAUGUUUACCAAAGUCAUUGCUGCUGCCCAGGAGUAGUCAGAGUUUAAGCGCAGUGCUUAACUAUGUUAAUGUUUAUAAGGCUCUGAAGGAGCCUAAAUUUGGUACAGAUUUCAGCUGGGCUGAUUGGCUGAAAUGCAAAACCUAAAUUUUUAGAAUCUGGACAUGGAACCUUCAAAUCCGGUUUCUAGACUUCAACAUUUCAAACUAUAUGUCCUAUUUAUCACUAAUGUCUUAAAGCAUAGUAUUUAGCAGGGCUAACCUCUCUUAACUAUAAUAUUAUAUAAAGGUGAUACUCAAAAAAUUAGAAUAUCUUGCAAAAGUUAAUUUAUUUCAGUAAUGCAACGUAAAAGGGGAAACUAAUAUAUGAGGGCAGUUUUACAUGCAAAGCAAGAUAGUUCAAGCCGUGAUUUGUCAUAAGUGAGAUGAUUAUGGCUUACAGCUCAUGAAAACCCCAAAUCCACAAUCUCAGUAAAUUAGAAUAUUGUGAAAAGGUGCAAUAUUCUAGGUUCACAGUGUCCCACUCUUAUCAGCUAAGUAAGCCAUAACACCUGCAAAGGGUUUCUGAGCCUUUAAAUGGUCUCUCAGUCUGGUUCAGUAGGAAUCACAAUCAUGGGAAAGACUGCUGACCUGACAGUUGUGCAGAAAACAAUCAUUGACACCCCCCAUAAGGAGGGAAAGCUUCAAAAGGUAAUUGCGAAGGAAGUUGGAUGUUCCCAAAGUGCUGUAUCAAAGCACAUUAAUAAAAAGUUAUGUGGAAGGGAAAAGUGUGGAGGAAAAAGGUGCACAAGCAGCAGGGAUGGCCGCAGCCUGGAGAGGAUUGUCAGGAAAAGGCCAUUCAAAUGUGUUGGGGACUUUCACAAGGAGUGGACUGAGGCUGGAGUCAGUGCAUCACCACACACAGAUGGAUCCUGGACAUGGGAUUCAGAUGUCGUAUUCCUCUUGUAAAGCCGCUCCUGAACAACAAACCAUGUCAGAAGCAUCUUUCCUGGGCUAAAGAAAAACAGACCUGGUCUGUUGCUCAGUGGUCCAAAGUCCUCUUUUCUGAUGAGAGCAACUUUUGCAUCUCAUUUGGAAACCAAGAACCCAGAGUCUGGAGGAAGAAUGGAGAGGCACACACUGCAAGAUGCUUGAAGUCCAGUGUGAAGUUUUUAUAGUCUGUGUUGAUUUGAGGAGCCAUGUCAUCUGCUGGUGUUGGUCCACUGUGCUUCAUUAAGUCCAGGGUCAACGCAGUCUACCAGGAGAUUUUGGAGCACUUCAUGCUUCCUUCCGCAGAUGAGCUUUAUGGGGAUGCUGUCUUCAUUUUCCAGCAGGACUUGGCACCUGCCCACACUGCCAAAAGCACCAAAGCCUGGUUUAAUGACCAUGGGAUUACUGUGCUCGACUGGCCAGCAAACCCGCCUGACCUGAACCCCAUAGAGAGGGGCAUUUGCAAGAGAAAGAGACAGAAUAAUGCAGAAGAGCUAAAGGCCGCUAUUGAAGCAUCCUGGUCUUCCAUAACAUCUCAGCAGUGCCACAGGCUGAUAGCUUCCAUGCCUCGCCGCAUUGAGGCAGUAUUGCUCAAACGGGGCCCAAACCAAGUACUGAGUCCAUAUGCAUGCUUAUACUUUUCAGAGGUCAGAUAUUGUUCUAUGUACACUCCUUGUUUUAUUGGUUGCAUGUAAUAUUCUAAUUUACGGAAAUUGUGGAUUUGGGGUUUUCAUGAGCUGUAAGCCAUAAUCAUCGCACUUAUGACAAAUCACGGCUUGAACUAUCUUGCUUUGCAUAUAAUGCGUCUAUUUCAUAUAUUAGUUUCCCCUUUUACGUUGCAUUACUGAAAUAAAUGAACGUUUGCACAAUAUUCUAAUUUUUCGAGCAUCACCUGUAGUUAGUAAAAGUUCCUCUAUUUAAGAUAUAUAUGUAUAUAUAUAUAUAUAUAUAUAUAUAUAUGUGUGUAUAUAUACAUAAUUGAGAAUACAAUAAAUUGAGAUUGUCUUGGAAGUUUUAUUUAUUUUAUUUUUUUAUAUUUCAUUAAAAAUUUAAAUACGGGGGGUGGAGCUUGCCUUCCAAGAGCUCCUGCAUCUGGGGCCAAGAUUCAGGAUUUAUUGCCUGGCCACUCUGUAUUACUGGCUACAAUUAGCAUUUUUCUUGACCAGGGGACAACACUGUACCCAGGGAUACCGAAGUCAAGGUUCCCCACCACUGAGUUGUCCAAAUCGUGGCCUGCGGCCUGUACGAGUGGUAGCCGAGGAGAGACUGCUGCUUUCCCGGUUCUCUGGCUGGCGGAGUGACACCUGUAUUUCGCUACUCCUCCCCCCUUUUGUCAGGGUCUUACCUGGGUUGGGAGUCUGUAGCGCAGAUAUGUUGCUCACCCUUGCAGAUAGCCACAGGCCAAGGUGGUCAGGUAAGAAUUCACCCGGCCUGUGGGUCUGUGCAAGGGGGCUGUGCAGGAUGAAGUACCAAGUUGCAGGAUAGGCAAGGGCUCAAACAGGAUCGUCAAGGGAUAGCUGAGGUCAAAGGAUGCCAGAGGACAGGAACAAUCCGUAGCCGAAGUCAAGGGAUGCCAGAGGUCAGAGUAAACGUAGUCAAGUAGCAGUUCAAACGACAGGAACACUGGUACGAAACACACAACAGGAUCAAAGACUUGAUCCUGAUCACAGGGUGAGGCUGAGUUUAAAUACCCUGCUGAUGUCUGAUCAGAGUCAGAUGAAGCACAGCCAAAGUCAAGGUGCAGCCCCCAGAGUAAUGCCAGGAUGAACGAGACCGGAAUGUGGAAUACAAAAUACUUGUGGAAUACAAAAGCUGCUGUGGCUCAGAGGCAGGAAGCAGGACCAGAACUGCGAAGUUCCCUGGUUCAAAGUUCCCCUUGGGUGACCACGUCUGGCCAUCUGUCUGCUGCGGUGAGAACCGUGACACCUUUGGACCGGUAGGGGUUAUCCCGGUCCCCACUGACCAGCUCCACAUACCUUUGCAGACUUCCAGCAGCUGUUAAUACCCGCAACACACUCCAGCAAGAUGGCGGAUGCGCUUAGGUCCUCUGAGUAUCGUCUACCACAGCACGUACAAAAUCAAAAUCAACCUAGCGCAAUUGAACAAAUGACAAAGCACCUUAAAGACGACUUUGACCACUUCUGGGCAUGAUUUGGAGGCUCAUGUUAUGUCAGCACCAGUUUGGAGUCAUGAGGGAGAAUGGAAAGAGGAGAGCCGACAAGCGAUUAUGUCCCCAUCACGAGCACCUGUAUACCCUAACAGAGGCCUACCUGGACUGAAACCCACCAGGGUUACAAUCCCUAAGCAUUGACCACAGAUGUGGAAGAUCCAAUGCCGCAGGCAGCGACAGACCAUCUGGAGGGAGUUGGACUCUACCACGAGCCCCCGAGUCUGCGGUUCUAGGAUGCAGGCUCUCGUUAUGGCCUGGGGCGUUAUUGCAGCGCCUCUCGACUAUCUCCAUGUGUUCCUUAGUCUGGGAGUUGGUUGAUGCUGAAUCUCUUAUCCAGGACUCAUUGCAUUCCUGACCGCUGCAGGCAUUCACAUGUCCUUGUUUUUCAAUUUGUGCAGUAAUCUUGAUUUUUGCUUUGCUAUAAAUCUUGCAGCACAGUACCAAAAAGUUAUGUAUUAGUGGCUAUCUUACAUGCUCACCAUGCAGCUAGUUUUGCAUUUCUUAAUAUGCUUAUUUACAGCCAUAGUGCCUACCUUGCUUCCCCCCCCCCACUCUUAACUAUGAUUUAUCUAGGAAGGUGUUGCAUAGAGAAGGGAAGUUGAGCUUCAAUGGUAAUCCAAACUCUUUUGUCUAGCUUGCUAUAUAUCAUCUUUCCACGCAAGUAACUUAUUACAUUAUUUAGCCUGUUAUACGCUGACUAAUAUAACCCAACACUCACCUUGUCUAGUCUGUACUUUCGGUUAGGUUGUCUUCUCUGCAUCUCAUAUCUAGACAUGCUUGACUAGCUUGCCUAUUUACAGAACCACACACAAAAAAAAUGUUCGGAAUGUAUCAUGCUCAUUGAUGUAAAUUAAGUUUGUCUAGCAUCUAUUUAUUUAUUACUGGCAUUUUAUAAAGUGCCAACAUAUUCCACAGCGUUGUACAAUUGGAAAAGACAACAAAAUAAGAACAGAUCAAUACAACAGAGGGCACUGCCCGUGAGCUUACAAUCUAAAGGUUAAACUGUAUGUGAUGGCAGAGAGUUAAUAGUAUAACUGCAUCUAUUUGCUGAGCCUGUUUUAUCUGUGUAAAAUACCACCGUCUCAAUCAAAUAAAGAUUGACAAAAAAAAUAUAAAUACAGACAUAUAGUAACUUAAUAAUGCAUUAUAAUAAUUUACAGCAGAGUUUAUAAGAUUAGAGUACAUACGUGCAAUAUCAGUAAAAUAGAAUAACAUACCCUUUUGAAACAAGUCAACCUCUCAGUGUUUGUAAGAUGGAGCAGCGUCUCUACAUUCAAAUUUCUCUCAUCUGUGCCUAAUAUUAAUAAGUAUACAUAUUUUAGACUUUCAGUUAGGUCAUUUUAGGAAAAUUACAAGUCUUAUGUAAAAACCUAGUCUUCCUUAUUAUUAAAUGACAUGGCCUUGGCUUCUCCGUUGUCUUAAUCAGUCUAUUGUCAUGACCUAGACAUCUUAUCUGUGUUUUAGACUAAAACGUAUGGUUGUACAUGAUCUAGGUAAGGCCUUGACUUGGUGUCACAUUAACAAUGACCUCUUAAGUCUGAAAAUAUUCUUUACAUAUCUGGUCUAUUUGAUAACUAAAGGGACAUUGUAUGAAAAGCUAUAUCUUCCAUUUCCAACAAUUGGUCUGUUUGCAGCAUACUUUAAAGGCAAAUUACACAGUUUAAUAUUUGAUAAUGCCCAUAACACCCUCUCCAUUAAACAGUGGGCAUCAUAGAGCAUUUCUUCUUCAUAUUGGUAAUCAAGAGUUCCCCAACAGUGUUCAAGUUUUUCAUGCUACCAAUGUCUUUUGAUCCUGGUAAUCAAAUGGAAAACCUCCCUAGCGUGACUUGCAUGUAAAAGAUGGCUGGUUAAAAGUGAACAAAGCUGUUUACUGGGAAAUAAUAAAUACCGAGUUCCAGAUUAAGAUACUCUUAGACGGAUCCUGAUCGUUAUAAUAAUGCAAGGUAUUCAAAGGCCUGUAGUAGUUCAGAUUUCACUGAUACAUUGCUGGAGGUGGUGUUUGUAGAACAUCGGGUAUUUGGCAAGCAUUGUUGCAGAGAAUGUUUUUCAUUCUGUGAUACAUUUCUUACACAACUUAUGAUGUGUAUACAUUGAAUAUCGAUAAUGACAAUAAUGAUAUUCUUUUAUGGACUAAAUUAUUUGAUAGCAUUUACAAGAUAUUGCCUUAAAGGACAUAGGUCCCGUUAUAGUGCAUGUUAUAUUUAUAUAGCAAUCCAAGCGGCAUCUUAAGAGCGCCUCUUUUUGCUGGUAUUGGAAUAUUGGUAACACAUCUACAUGUCACUGAUACACAUAUAACGACAUCAGGUGCUGUUGUGCAAGAGAUGUUAACAGGUAAAAUCGGCAGAAAAGCUUUACAUUUGUUAUACUUUAUAUAAUAAUGAUGAAAUAGUAACAUAUUUAAUCUUCCUAGUGUUUUGUUUUAGGGAUAAGCAACCUUGUAUAUGAUUUCGAUAUAUAAGGAUUAUUUGAAGCAGCAAAGUAUGUACUGCAUUUGUUCACAAUGGUAUGUGAAGUUACAUUCACUUUAAAUGUUAAAAAUGCUCUUUUAUUAGAAAUCUCUUGAUAUUUUUGGAAUAGUUUAUAAUUGGAAACAGGUAGUAAUGAAUACAAUACAAAAUAGGGAUUAUUUUGUCUUUUAAAAUAUUUUAUUAAAUAUAGACAUAUAACCUAAUAAUCCAUUAUAAUUUAUAACAUCGUUUUAAACCCCUUAACGCCCUGGGGAGGUCCAAUUUACUUACCUCCGCCGCGAUCCUCUUCGGUAGGGCUGCCUGACCGCCCAGGCAGCCCUCCCCUGGCGAAUAUGGCCCCCUAUAGCUGGCUAUGGAUCUGCCAUUAAUAUUAAAAUACACUUAGAAUGACAUUACAUAUAUAUUAUAGGUGUGUGUAUAUAUAUAUAUAUAUGUGUGUAUGUAUAUGUAUAUAUAUGUGUAUAUAUAUAUAUAUAUAUAUAUAUAUAUAAUUACAAUAAUAAAUUUAAAAUAAAUAAAAUAUUGAAACAUAAUUUAAUAUAAAUUAUCUAUUCAUAUGCAAUUUCAUUCUAACUGUAUUUUGUUAUUUAUAUAUGUGUGUGUGUGUGUGUGUGUAUAACAAAAUACACUUAGAAUGACAUUCUAUAUAUAUCUAUAUAUAAAAUACAAAUAACCGCAAAUAUAUAUAUACAUAUAAUUACAUAAAAGAUUACAUUAGUAUACACGUAGAAUUUAAAUACCUAUAAAUGCAUACAUAUAAAAAUUCUAUGUGUAUAUUUAAUCUUUUAACAUAAUUAUGUGAUUUGAUUAAUUAAAAUUUGAUUGACAUGCCUGACAACACAGGGAGAAAGUGCAGAGAAUUUAAUUCGCAAGCACUAUAUUUGACCCUGUAACUCUCCAAGACACCAUAAAAACUGUACAUAGGGAGCACUGUUUUACUCGGGAGACUUUGCUGAACUCAAAUAUUAAUGUUUAAAACUGGUAAAUUGUAUUACAACGAUGAUAUUUUAAGUAAAAGUGAAGUUUUUUUCGUUUUUACAAACAAACGGCACUUUUAUGGACUAUAUUAUUAUUGUAAUAUGUUUUACUGUUUUAAAACACUAAUAUUUGUGUUUAGUGAAGUCUCCCAAGAAUAACAGUACCCCCCAUGUAGAGGUUUUAUGGUGUUUUGGAAAGUUAGAGAGUCACAUAAGGCUUGCAUUUCGUUUUUUUGACAUUGAAAUUUGCCAGAUUGGUUAUGUUGCCUUUGAGAGCGUAUGGUAGCUCAGGAAUGAGAAUUAACCCCAUGAUGGUAUACCAUUUGCAAAAGUAGACAUCCCAAGGUAUUGCAAGUGGGGUAUGUCAGGUCUUUCUUAUUAGCCACUUAGUCACAAACACUGGCCAAAUAUUUAGUUUUUUUUGCUUUUUUUCACACAAACAAAUAUGAAUGCUAACUUUGGCCAGUGUUUGUGACUAAGUGGCUAUUAAAAAAGACUAAACAUACCCCACUUUCAAUGCCUUGGGUUGUCUACUUUUUCAAAUAGUAUGCCAUUAUGGGGGUGUUUCUCAUUCCUGGGCUAUCACACCGUCUCAAAGGUAACAUUACUAAUCUGGCAAAUUUCAAUUUGAAAAUGGAACGUUCUAUAUUUGACCCUGUAACUUUCCAAAACACCAUAAAACCUGUUAAUGGGGGGUACUGUUGUACUCGUGAGACAUCGCUGAUUACAAAUAUGUUGCGUUUUUUUGCAGUAAAACCUAACAGUAUUAUGACAUUAACAGCUAAAAUGUCAGACGGAAAUACAAAUUUAAAAAAAUCUUAUUUUCUAAAUUUUUUUAAAAUGUUAUUAAUAAUAAAUUAUGUUCCAUAUAUGAAUAGUUAAUGAUAAAUUAAAGCCCUGUUUCUCCUGAACAAAAUGAUAUAUAAUAAGUGUGAGGGGACUUAAUGUGACAGCGGUGAAUUAAGGUUGAACAGACAUAUAGAGCAAAUUCCAGUUUUUGUUUAUGUUUUGUUUUGAUCAGAACGUGUACUAUUGACUCCGUCCUGAAGGGGUUAAGAUUAGAGUAUAUAUAAUUGCAAUAUCAAUAAACUAGAUUAACAUAUUCUCAUGAGCAAGUUAACCACUCAGUCAUUGUAAGAUGGAGCAGCAGCUCUGCAUUAAACAUUUUCUCCUCUGUGUCUAAUAUUAAUAAGUAAAACAGAAGAAAAGGAACCGCACUGAACUCCACAUAAAACCGGGUGCUUGCCGAAGCAGGACCAGCAAAUCCAAACCACAUAAGAUAAAAACAAGGAAAAAAAUCUUCAGGCACGCACGAAAUUAAAGCCACAGGUAGAUUUAUUGGAUCAGGAAAGCAUAGCAACGUUUCGACUUAUAAAUAGGUCUUUAGCAAGCUUGAUACACAUAUUUAUACCUUAGACUUUCAAUCGGAUCAUUUUAGGAAAAUUCUUAUGUAAAACCUAGUCUACCUCACCUUGGCAAAGAGACCAGGCCAAACAUUAAGGGGACACUCAACAUUACAACUAAAAUUGGAAUGUAAGCUCAUUUAAACAGGCCCCUCAGCACCUUCUGUUCCUUUUAUGUCAGAAUUAUCAUGUAACUAUUUUCUUAGUCCAUCUAUUGUACAUCACUGCAGGAUUUGUCUGCACUUUAUAAAUAAUAAUAAAAUCCUUUCUUAAACUAAAUUUUCAAACUCUUUAUAUUCGUCCCCCCCUCCUCAAUGCUUUAGAUGAAGGGUUAACCUGCUUUUAAUCCGAUGACGAGGGCUCCUCGUAGUUACUUUCUGCCAAUCAGAUCGUCAUUAUUGAUCAUCUGCAAUCCAAGAUUCUUUGAGAAAUACUGAUUGGACAAAGCAAUCAGGAAGAGUACCCUCCCAACUGUCUAAUUGUAACCAAGCACCUUUAUAGACGUGCCAAUUUCUCUUUACAUUUUCAGCAAGCUAUGCAGUUGGAUUGCUGCAACACACAAAGAACUGAAAAGGAGAAGGGGGUUUACAAUGCCUGUGACCUCUAUAACCGCAAAUCUCUGAAUCUACAAGCUCUUAACUGGCCCGUCUCAUAAGGGCUAUUUUUGUCUAUUAGGAGUAAAAAGAGGGCUGCCAGCCAAUAACGGUGAAGUAGGCAACUUUCCAUAGAGUUUAAUCAGAUUUUUGGAACAUUAUUAUUUUAUUUAUUUAUUUGCUCUACAUAGCAACAGCAGAGGGCAAAAACAAGCGCAACUGCAGUACUAGUAUUUAAAGGGAUAGGACACAUUUUAUCACACAGACACAUAUUACAGGUGUAUGUUUACACAGAAAAAAAUUAUAUAGUUUUUUUUUUUGUUUUUUUUAUUGCAAAAAAAACAAACUGGUGCGGCGCUUCCCCAGCUCCCCAAAAGAAGGAGCCUCCACUGGAGGGAUAGUCUUACAGUGUGUGUGUAUAGGGGACUGCUUGUGGUGUUUCUGUGAACAUUGUGUUUACAGUGGGGCUGGAUUGUGUGCAAGAGAGGGGUGACUGUGUGAGUGCAUCAUUAGCACAGAGUACGGUUAUCCGAGUUACUGUUAUCUGUGUGUUUAUGAGGGUGACCGUGGUAGGGUUAAUUGCAGGGUGAUACGACUGUCUGUGAGGGGACUGGCUGUGGCAUGGUUACUGUAUGGACGGCUAUUGUGGCGUGACUGACAUGGUUACUGACUGUGUGGAGUGACUGACAUGGCAACUGAGUGGGUGUGGGGAUAAUGUGACAGGGUAAACGAGUUUGUAUGGCAGGGGUGAUGUAUGGGUGUGGGGGAAGUAUAUUGUUUGUGGGGAGGCAGUAUUUCCCUGUUCAACCUCAAAACACAAUGUUCUUUUUUAUUAUAUAUAUUUUUUGCUGAGACUGCUGAUGCUACCCUUUUUGCAUUGAGGGGGCAUUGAUCCUUAUUCCCUUCUUGCAACGUUCACUAGGUAACCCUAACACGCAGACAGGACAGAGUAGAGAUAAUUGCAAUAACGAUCCUUAGAAUGGUUAUGCAAAAAGGAUAGUCAAAGGAAACAGACGGAAUAACGAGAGACAAGGCUAAAUAUCAGUAACCAGGAAAUGCAAAUAACAAGUGCAACACUCAAUUGUAAACCAAAGACCACAACAGGGUACAGAGGCAAGGGAGAGGUUGGCUUAUAUACACACAGGGUGUCUGAUUGGUAACCUCCUAUUAGUGUUAACCACAACACGUGGGAGGAGUUUCCUCCCUCCCAUGUGGUCUCUGAGGUCAUCACUGUGUGCCGUGUGACAUGACCAUGACAUGCUCUGGAGCGUACAUAGUCAGACACACUGCCAGUCUGGAGACAGGGACAAGGUGACGCUGCUCGGAGUGAUGAGGUAAGCAAGGUCGCCCAGAGCAGCGCAGGGGCAGGUGACCUGACACUUCUGAUCCAUUUGGUGGUUCAGUGUCCCAGCUGAAUCUGCCCUCUGGCUGAGAGCAGACCCCUCGGAAUGCAACCUUUUGGUCUCUGCCUGGAUUAGUUUGCAAUAAACAAAUUUCAUCUACAAUUAUUUUAAUUGUGUAUGCACUGUUGUGGGGUUUCGUGUGCCGGUGCGAAGGGGUAAUUGCAGCUUCCAUAAUCAAAGAGCCCCUAAAACAUGGGGCUUACGGCUGAUGAACUGGUGGACCACUAACCUUACUCAGGGGAAGGGCAUGCAGCAUUUCCGCUUAUAUAUAUUUUUUUUUUUUAGUUCCCUGUAAUCAAAAUUAUUUAAUAAUUUAUUUUUGGAAUAAUUGAAAAUAAAAUGAUUUGGGAAUCUUUAAUUUUAGGAGUGGGAGAGUGGACAGGGGUGGAGCUGAAACUUCAGGUAACUUACUAAUAACAAUUUGACUAAAAUGUGUUUCAGAACAAUACAUCUGAUUUACACAGCCUGAUUUCUAAACUCAUUUAUUGUAGUUUAAAGACACAUUACUAUGAGUUUUAUAUCUCUGGAGCUUUUUUAUGCACUAAAGCCCACCAGCAAUAUAGAGCUCCUCGAAAAGAGGGCUAGAGGAACUUGGGCCAAAAAUAGGGAACAUUGUCCCUAAAUAGGGAUACUUUGUAUGUAUGAUUUUAUAUAGGUUUUAAAAGAAUCAGUAAAAAAUGUUGCUCAACUCUUCAAAUAUCGCUAAUAGUAAAACAUUUGAAUGAAAACGUUGCUUUUAUAAAUUGUAACCAUAUUCUCUUUAUUUUACAGCUGUAUAAAGAUGGUUAAAUCAAAGUCCUGGACAAUGGUGAGGCACUUUGAAGGUGCCCCUAAACCUGAAGAUUUUAAACUGGAAGAGCGAGAGCUUCCAUCCCUUAAAGAUGGAGGUAAAAUGGAAUUAGAAUGUAGAUCUUUUUCUGUAAAUAUUUUUUGUUUGUUUUAAAUUACUUUCUGCACUAUACUUUACAGAAAUUUUAGGGUUAUCUAUGAAAGAUGGUCCCCUCAAACCCACAUCACUAGUGAAGCCCAUAUUGGGCAAGCUUGCCUGGAAAAUCCCACUGACCAGGCUGUCCUUCAGGACCAAGCAGAGAGCACUGCUCAGUUACUCUGUGCUAAUGAUGCACUCACGCUGUUCUGCCCGGGCACAGUUCCCUGGUGUUCCCAGAUAUGGGACACCGUUGGACGGCAGGACAGGACCCCAGUAUCGGGGCAGUUUGUCUUUAAUACAGUGUGGGUUUUUGGGUCCAACUAUAAUAUUUUUUUAUUUUUUCUUGAUCCCUUGUUUUAUUUUAAACUUAUCUUAAAGGGACACUGUAGGCACCCAUACCACUGCAGCUCAUUGAAGUGGUCUGAGUGCAAUAUCCCAUGUCACUUAACCCACAGUGGUAAUUAUUGCAGUUUUUAUAAAUAUAAAAAUAUAUAGAGAUAACUCCUCUACCAGACAGCCACUAGAGGGACUUCUGGGUGCUAAGAUGACAUUUGGUUGUCUAAACGAUGCUGGACGUUCCUCACGCCAUACAUGAAAACUUCCAGCAUCACCGGAAUCCCCAUAGGAAAGCAUUGAAUAAUGCUUUCUUAUGAGGAAAUCCUAAUGUGAAUGCGGCCAUUCUAAGCGCAUUAGGUCUCCUCCGCCACCUGACAUUGGCGGGGGAAGAGAGUGGGCAGAGCCUGACCCAGCUCCGAGGGACAUCGGUCCUGCAUUCAGGUAAGUGACUGAAGGGGUUUUUACCCCUUCAGUGGUGUGAGAUGCAGGAUUCUACAGUGUCAGGAAAACCGGUUUGUUGUCCUGGCACUAGAGAAUAAGUUUUUCAUGAUCUACCAAAUUACAUUGAAAUCCAAGUCAGUCCAGGCACAGCCAGGGCAGACAUUUCAAAUAAAACAUUGCUUCUUUUCUCUUCUCAAAUGUUGCAAUUUAAAUAGGUAAUGAUUUCUACAUUUACUUUUAAUUUUCACUCCUUACAAAUACAUAUUUGUUUAAAAAUAUGGGAAAAGUAAACCUAAUAUUAAAUAUAGGGGACAAGCAGAUAUACAAUUUAAAAUCCUGGUACUGCUGGUUCUUCUUUAAAGUUUCCAUUUUAUACAACAUAAUAAAUGUUGUCCUAAAAUCAUUGAGUGUAUGGGAUGUAUAUAUGACCCUCUCUGUGGGUGGAGAAAUCAGGACACCAGCAAUUGGCAUAACUCCCAACAAUCAGUCAUGUAGUACAUGCUGCACAGCACAAGUGCUUUUAAUGAUGUGCUUGUCCUGUGCUGCCUGAGGACAGCUCCCUGGUGUCCCGCAACUAAAGCAGACAUUGUCCUGCCAAAAGCAGGACUGUUAAGAGGCUUGCGAUGGCACAGUGUGUUGGAACCCAAGACUGAAAUUCAGGCAGUACAAAAAUUGAGACAUUCAGCAGACACUGGCAUGUGAGAUCAAAUACUAGCAUCUGCUACCCAUUAGUGGACAAAGUGCCAAAAGUAAUCGAUUGUUGAUCAUAGAAAUACAAUGCUUCCCUUUGAGAAGCAUUAGAUUGGAUGAGAAACCAAGGAAGCAACACAUGAGGGACGAUGUAAAACUUUUUUCAUUUAAUUUAGGGGGCCCCUACAUAUAAAUACUGAGGAACGCUUGCUUGUAUUUCUAACGCUAUUGUGCUCCUUUAAGCUCAGAGCAAAUCCUUAAUAUGUCAAAUACAUAUACAGUAUAUCUGCACCACUGAUGUUCACAGUUAGGAUGCAUGUUCAAUUAAUCUGCAGCACUUUUACGCCUAGACACCAAAUUGUUCUUAGCCAAUGAGCUAAGCCCUGAAAUGCAUUGCUUUGAAACUUCCAGCUCUACAGUGAGCUGUAUUGGUUAUGUUGCUUGGAGUGAUCUUUUAAUGUUUGAUUUAUUUAUUUUAUCUUUGUGCAUAUUUUCUUCCUUUGAUCAGUAUUGUGAUUUUUCAGAUAAUCUAUCUUGUUUAAUAUGAUCUACAUACACUUUCAGAGAUAUUGCUGGAAUCGGUGUUCCUGAGUGUGGACCCAUACAUGAGGUAACAGGACAAAAUAUCUUUUAUCGUCUCUGGGAAACCUUAAACUGGGGGCUGAAAUAUCAGAUGCGUUGAUAACUGUAGGGAUGAUGGUUUCCAUCUUGGUCAUCCUCUUGUUAAGUCUUUAGCUUGACAAAGACCUUUUGGGGUUGAAAUGUUGCUGUUAUGGUUCCUAAUAAAGUACCUGUCCUGAACCAAGGAGUGCCUGGACCUCUAUUACUUUAUCCUCUUGCUAAGUGACUGAAGGGUAGACAAGAUAGAUGACAAGGUGUCUUGAACGUGUCCGAAACUGCUGGCAUGGGACUCCUUAGAGCUUGUGCCGGGCCAGGGAUCGCUGGACUGGACUGCUAGUAGCUUAUAUAGUUCUGCUUUCCUAGCUGUGGCUGGGAAAAGAAAAUUCCUACGGCAUCGUUCUGCCGCCAGUUUAGGAAUGUUCCGGAUCUCAGAGACCCGGCAGUGGCUGGAAUGAGAGAUUCAACAGGUGAGCUUGGUCUAAAGGGCGUGCUGGCCCUGGAGAGACAUGUUGUCUUCUUGGAUUGAUUCUUGCGACAUCCUAUAAAGAGAUUAGUAAAUAAAAUACUAUUUUGAAAGCCAAUGGUGAUAACCCGUAUAUAGAAUUGGCUUGCUAGCUAGUGCCGGUGAUGAAUAACUUAACUGCCCCGUGACAGGUGAAUCUCUACCAAUUGCCAAGUGGCAAAGAGAGGCUCUACCUAUGAUUUGGCUUGUGGGGAAAAGUGGCCACAAAUUGGUGUGUUGGCCUCUCGGUGACAGUACAGAGUAAAAAUGCGUAUGGCCGUGGCAAGUGACACUCUAAACAACCCCUGUAGAAGGGGAUAUGAGGCAAUUAAUCUAACGUGGGGCCGUAUGGGCGAUACCUCCGCGAGAGGUGGGGAGUUGGCCUAAUGGGGACAAUAUCGUAAACAAAGUAGUAAGGCCAGCUCCUAACUCUUGCAGCAAGUUCUCUAUCCUUGGCAGUCUUAGAAGAAGCAGAGUAAACAUAACCCUAUGUACCAAGAAAGGCUGAAAAAUAGAGACAAAGUAGAAAAGCAGGAUGGAGGAUGAAGCUGGAAAUGAUACCUAUCUGAAAAAGAUCAAGCAAUUAACCUAUGACAAGUGAAGUACUGGAUUAUAGCUUGGUGUGUGUAUGUGUGUGUGUGUGUGUGUGUGUGUGUGUAUAUAUAUAUAUUACACACACACACACUCACACCCCUCUCACAAGCUCUGUUUAGGGUACGUUCUGUAUGUGUGUAUGUACACACACACACACACACACACAGAACGUACCCUAAACAGAGCUUGUGAGAGUGUACUAUUACCAGAGAGGGGUCUGUUAUGUGUACCUAUAAAUAAACGAAGAUACAUGUGAGUAAAGAAGGCAUAUAUCUUUUAACAAAGAGUUUUAGAGUAAUUAAGAAUUACCUGAUAGGUGUUGUAGUAACUCUCUAUUUCUUAGUUUGUUUAAAGUAGUAAUUGUCAAAGCUGGAAAACAGAUAGUAUAACAGAAGAUCUUUGUAAGAAUGUACCGUAUUGAGGACUUAACGUGGGUCCAAUGCAAUGAGACAAGCCCCCGAGAACAACGUGUAAACGUAAAAGAUUGCUGGAAGAACACCUCUGUCCAAGGUCUCACUGGCAAAAUUGCUAACAAUUGAUAUAGGCACCUAAAAUACAUGGUAUGAUAGGAGAACAAAAUGAGUACCGAGUUGAGGAGAUAUAUAUAUAUAUAUAUAUAUAUAUAUAUAUAUAUAUAUAUAUAGCGAGGGCUUGCACUCCUGGUGUAAUCCUGUGGUGCCCGGUGCUGGUCUGGCAAGGAUCAUGUAGACAUAGCAGAAAUGACCGCACUCCAAGGACUUUAUAGAGAUUUUCAAAUAAAAUUUAGCUUUUAUUCAAUCCAUUUAAAAAGUCAACGUUUCAGCUCCCACAUGGAGCUUUCAUCAGGACAAAACGUGUGUGUGUGUGUGUGUGUGUGUGUGUGUGUGUGUGUGUGUAUAUAUAUAUAUAUAUAUAUGUAUGUUCACGAAGACAUGUGCAUGUGUAAUUAUUAACAACCGUGUGUGACUAGUUAGUAAUAUAAUCUUGUGAACAGCAUCCAAGACAACUGGAUAAAGUUUUAUUAGACUACAUUUAAAUAGUGGCAGCCUGUCACAUGCUGUCUCAGCCCAUUAACAGUGGAGUUCAUGCUGAAUCCCGACAGCCAUUUGUCCUGAGAAUCCUGACGCUCCUCACACCUCCCUGUGAGUCACCAGUAAGCUGGGCUGGUCCCAAUAAGGCAUUUCUGGGUGGGCCAGUCCAGCUCUUCUCCUGCCCAUGAUACACUCCCUGCCUAGCACCAACCCUCGCCCAAGGUAGCCAUGCCAUGGCAGGGCUAAAAUAAUUUUAAAAUCUUCACAAAACAGACGCCAAGGAACUGCCUAUCCCAGGCGUCGGGUGAUAUAAAUUCCACAUCCCUGUAAAUGGAUACUUAAUGUCGUCUUAGAUUUCAGUGCCUAUUAUCACUUCUGUUUUAAUUAACAGGCCAUACAGUAAACGGAUGAUGAAACCUGGUGAUGUAAUGAUCGGAUCACAAGUUGCCAGGUUUGUAUAUUUUUGAUUACACAUUUUUCUCAAUUUCAUGUCAUUGAUUUUAUAGUACAGAUAAAUGAAGUGAUUUUUCUUUUUAUUUGAACUUUUAACUUUUUUUUUUUUUUUUAGAUCAUGAAAAUUUUUACCAUUUCAUUUUGUCAUAAUUGAGCAGGCUCUGUUAAGUUGGCAUUUGUAAAUGUAAAUUUUAACGUCUUUCCACCGGUUCUCAAUUAGAAUUAAGUCUGGGAUUUAAAUAGGCCAUUCUAAGGCACUCAUAUUAUUGGCUUAAAACCAUUUCAGUAUAAUCUAGUGGAAGGUAAAGCUCUGCCCCUUCUCAUUUGUAUUGCAAACUAAAACAGUUUGUUUCUAGACUUGCUGUAUAUAUUAGGUUAUAUCCAUUUUUGCCUGUCCCUGCCUAUUUCAUGCAUCUUCACAACGUGAUGCUACCAGUACAAUUCUUCAUCAUGGUUUGUGGGUUCUCAGGGGAUUGCACACUGUAGUCUUUGUUCUUAAUGCAAAACCUUAUUUGUGGAACAAUUUUAAAAGAAGUUUGAGAAAUCGAGCAAUAGCUGUGUCUCACCCAGUGGAUCAGGUAACUUUUAAAUAACAUAUGUUGGCUUUCACCUGGCAGUUAAAGGGACACUGUAGGCACCCAGACCACGUCAGCUCAUUGAAGUGGUCUGGGUGCCAACUCCCCUCACCCUUAACCCUAGAGUGGUAAUUACAGCAGUUUUCAUAAAUUGCAAUAAUUACCUGCUAUGGUCAACUCCUCUUCUAGUGGCUGUCUACAAGAAAUACAAGACAGCCACUAGAGGGACUUCCGGCUUCUUCAACGACUUUUGGUCGUCUAAAGGAUCCUGGACGUCCUCACGCUAUGAAUAGUGCUUUCCUACGGGGAGAUCCUAAUGCCAGUGCGGCCAUUGCCACACAUGCGCAUUAGGUCUUCCAUGCCGGCGGACGGGGAGGAGCGUGGGCAGAGCUGAGCCAGCACCUAUGUAAUCAGGUAUUAGCCCUUUCAGUGCUGCAGGAGGGGGGCCUUGACAGAGGAGAAAUAUAUACUGUCAGGAAAACGAGUCUGUUUCCCUUUAAAUGAUUUCCAAGUGUCAUGGAGUAAAGUUGUAAUGAUCCAUAGUAAUAGCAUCCUUUAUUUUCUAGAUAAUUACAUUUAAAGUUGGAAUAUGUGGAUUAAGUUCCUAAGUGGCCCUGUGUGCAACCUAUGCAAAUGAAGCAAAUAUUUGGUUUUCUGCUCUAGUACCCUCCUAAUCUUGAAAAAAUGCUAAUAUAAUCUUUUUAAGAAUGAGAUACAGGUAAAAAAGAUUAAGGCCUUACAUUUGAAAACUACAAUGGGGUAGAGAUGGGGAAAAAAACAGAGGGUGAGGGACAUUAUGUUAGAAUAGGCUUGGAUAAUAAGGAACAGUUUGAUAAUACACUCACACACCAUAGUUUGUCAUGUACAAUAUGUUUUUGUUUCUUCAUCUUUCUUUAGAGUGGUGGAAAGCAAAAAGCCUGCCGUUGUAGUAGGCACCUACUAUGUUGCAAAUGUAGGAUGGACCACGCAUUUCAUAUCGGAUGGCACAGGGAUGCAUGCAUUGUCUUUGGAUUGGCCAGAAAAUCUCCCCAGGUCACUUUCUUUGGGUGCAGUUGGCAUGCCAGGGUAAGCAGCUAAAAAAACAGCAUUCUAUCAGCUAUUCUGUAAUAUUAAAGAUAAGCUUAUUGAAAAUAAAUAUAGGGUUUCCAAAAAGCUGUGCAGGUCUGUUUCCAUGUUGUUGUUCUCAUUUUUUAAAUAUAUACUUUUGUCUAAAAGUUGGGCGUGACAGACGAUUAUAUUUACCAAGCACAAACUUAGCUAAAUAGACCAUAAAUGUGAGACACAAAAUACCAAUCUUUGCUCAGCUUACAUUCAUCAAAUACAGUCAAUAUUUUAUUUUGAUAUUCAACCUUAAGGAUGGACGCAUUACAGAAAUGUUCUGUCAUGGAUGCCUACCCUUAAGGAACCAUGAAGGAAUAAUUCAGUAAUUUGGCAUUUUACCAGCAGGGACUAUUUCCCUGUUGGUUAACAGGGAACCCAAUUAGUGGCUCCAUGCUGACUGAUGAGCUGUGUGCAGCACUUAAAGAGCACUGCACACGGCCCUCAGCUCAAAGUCUCAGUAGCCUCAUUAUUGAUACCACUAGGUAAUUGCUCUGACAGGAGACAUGCAGGAGCUAGAAAUAACCCAAUGCAAGCCCACCUCCACCCGGCCGCAAGAUAACUGACUAUAGAGGGUGAUCAGUGCUGGGCUAUUAAUGCUGGAAAGUGCUGAUCACUGUCUGCAAUCACACUGACACUGAUAUAUAACAAAAUAUCUUCAUAUUUAGUAGCAGAGAGGGAAAUAAUCUCCGAUCAUGGUGACAGAGUUUGUGCCUCUUGCCUCUCUCAGCCCCGUUGUUUGUGUCUCUUGCACGCCCAAGACCCUCUGUGUGUUUCUUACCCCAACACCUUGCCCAGCCAUGUGUGUAUUUUUUCCAUUCCCCAGCCCCUGGGGGCUAGAGGUAUGUGUGUGUGUUUCACCUCAGCCUCUUCUGUGUGUGUUUCACCUCAGCCUCUUCUGUGUGUGUCUCACCCCAGCCUCUUCUGUGUGUCUCACCCCAGCCUCUUCUGUGUGUCUCACCCCAGCCUCUUCUGUGUGUGUCUCACCCCAGCCUCUUCUGUGUGUGUCUCACCCCAGCCUCUUCUGUGUGUCUCACCCCAGCCCCUUCUGUGUGUGUGUGUGUCUCACCCCAGCCCCUUCUGUGUGUGUGUGUGUCUCACCCCAGCCCCUUCUGUGUGUGUGUGUGUGUCUCACCCCAGGCCAUUCUGUGUGUUUUCCCACCCAAGCUGCUUUGUGUGUUGGGGGAAUGGGGUGACUAGCAGGAGGUGGAGCACUGUGUGCUCUCCUCCUGAAGGUCACUCUGACUUAGCACCCCUGGUCCGGGGUUGGCCAGAAGAUUCUCAGCAAGGUAGGAGGCAACGAACUUACAAAGGCAAAGACAGAGAGCUACAAGAGGCUAUUACUGGGCCUUGGAAGUAACGAGACUUAGGUAGACAAAUAUAUUUCAGGCCAGAAAGGAACAGACAAAAUUGUUUACCGCACAAAAUACAGGCUGGUAUAGGAAAAAAAAACGUAGUGAAACAGGUCAAAGUCAGAAAUAGGGACUGGAAUGGGUCAACGAGGGCAUUUUUACUAAGCAGUGAGCUGUAUGUAUUUAUUUUAUUUGGGCAGCGAAGUUUCCCUUUUACAAUCGCAAUGGACAAAGUGUAUCCCCCUUUCAAGAGAUAAUUGUGCUUGAAAAGGUGAAACACAAAUUUAGAGGAAGUGGAAGAUGAAAAAACACCUGCCAUGAUAUGUCUUUCUUAAAAGGCAUUGUCAGUAUUCCUUCAUUUGUUAUAAAUGAUAAUCCUAUUUUACUCCUUAAUAGGGGUUUGAGUUAGGAUUCAUAUUCAAAAUGUCAGUGGAAUGGGUCGUCUCAAGAAAGCACUUGAUAAUCCACUUGACAAACAAAUAAUAUUCAAAUUGGCAACAUUGUUAAAGGUUAGUGAUACAGAAUUUAGGCUAGGUUAGAAUAUUGACGUUAAGCACAUCAUUAGGGCAAACAGAAUCCAACCUUCAAGCUCCACCUCAUUAUGGUGAAAGAUGUUAAUUGACAGACUUAACACUUACCUAUUCUUUAACCCUCGCAGAGGUUCUUUUAGAUUAAAUUGAUUUAUAUUAAACAGUCCUUUCAGGGGAAAGAAAAAAUCUAUUAGGAAUAUAUGAUCAGUCGAAAACCUUUUGCAAUGAACUGCCUUUGAUUGUCAAGGAAACUGCAGAGAGAGAGGCUGUGACGGUAAAAGGAGACUUCUUUUGUCAGCUCCUGGAGUAGAUUUUUUUUUUUUGCUUUUAUUAUUUGCUUGAUCCAUAGAAAUAUUUCAAAUCUCUCCAGGUAGAUCUAUUAUUUCCUUAAUUAUUUAUUUAUAAAAUAUUUUAGCAGGAAAGAUACAUUGAGAUUUCUCUCGUUUUCAGGAAUGUCCUGGUUUCUGUAAGGACAUGUUAUCCCCUUCCAAUGAUAAUUUGUGUAUCGGUCUGUAGGAUGAACUUUACAUUUGGUCUAAUAAUAAAUGGAGGCAAAAUCUGACCUCAACCGUCUUUUAAUUGAUGAUAUUAUCAUGUUCAUGUAGAUAGUGGGCUUUUUUUUUUUUUUCAUCUUUAUAUAAUUUGGGUAAACUUUGAUCAGAUUUUGGUUACCAUUUACACAUACAACAAACACGUUUUCUAUUGAGUUGUUUUUAUUACUUUGCGUAAAACUGGAAUUAUUAUUAUUAUUUUUUUUUGGAGUAUUACAACAAUCAACAUAUACACACAAGUCUAAUAGUUUAGUGUCGUCAUAACCUCAUGGUAUUCAUCAAUUGUGUGUUUUUAUAAUUUGAAUAUAAUAUGAAUACUAAAUCCAGAUAAAGGAAAAUCUCAAAUAUGAAAAAUUAAAAAAAAACUUUAUUAGUGAAAAGUAUUAAAAUUACCCAAUGGCCAAUACCAUGUGUGCUGUGAACAAACACAAAUGUGAAAAGACAACUACAAAGAAAAACCCCAAAAUGAAAUCUAAAUCAGAAAUAGGAGUAUGGUAGAUCUAAAUAAGUAGUCACUACCCAGUCAGGUAACUAUAAACGUUGUCUGGAUAGAUCGUACUGCCUAUUCCAGGAUAUUCACCAAUAUCAUGAAUAUAAUAAAAUGCACACGUCUGUACCAAAAGUAGGUGAUGUAUCAGGGAAUAAUCAAUGGCUAAUUAGAUCGGUAUGAAAUCAGUAUUAUGGCAUAUAGUACAUUAAUUACAAACAGACAGACGUGCACUGCAAUGCCUGCACUGUUGCACACAUAUAGGUAGAAUAAGUGAUUUCAAUAGCAUGGGGUAAGCCGCGAAGUCGGCUAAAUACUGAUAUGGAAUCCAACUCCAUCACUUCCAUGAUUAGCAGCACUCCCCUGUUUCUGGGGUGGUUAAGGAUGUCGUAUUGUAGUUGUGAUCUCCUGCCUUUUCAGACAUAAUUGAUAAUCCUCAAUCUCAACGGUCUGAAGAAAGCCUUAGGCAGCGAGAACUGGCAUUAUCACCACCAUCAGAAACAGGUGGAUGUUUGAAGAAUAUCAUCCGAGAAUUCACCUUGAAUUCUGACUUUAGUGAAUAACUCAGACAUUUAACUCAGAAACAUUGGGACUAUUGGGCAAUUUCUCAACCAUCAACUAAUGUUAGUAUUUUAGCUAAACAUUUUAUCUGAAUAUGAAUUUCCAAUGCCCAGUUGGACUUCAGCUGCUUAGAGUGCCUAUUUAAGUAAUACAGAUUUCAAACAAAUUAACUUUUUUUUUUUUUAUGUUAGAUGUACAGCUUAUAUUGGCCUAUUGGAGGUUUGCAAUGCAAAAGAGGGUGAAGUUGUACUUGUUAAUUGUGCCGCUGGGGCUGUCGGAUCGAUAGUUGGUCAGAUCGCCAAAAUCAAGGUGUGUGAAACGUGUAUAUCUAUAGACCUGAAACCUCUGUAGCAACUGGAAAAUCAAUUACAUGUUGGAAAUGUGAAAUGAUCAACUUAAUUACAAUAUUUAAGUGGCAGUGAAUUAAUAAAAGAUAAUUAUCAUGAGGGUAGAAUAAAUUACUGUAAGUGCCUAUAAAAACACGUCGAGAUGCAAGAGCAGUAAGUAUUUUAUUUAAGUAAUUACUUAUUUUUGUUAGCAAUUCCACACAUGAUAAAUACCUCCCAAAAAUCUGGAUUUGUCAUGGCAGCCAUGAUGUAAGGCUUGUGUAUCACUAGCCAGAAUUAGACUCUUGUCAGCCAUUUUUGGCCAUGUAUCACCAGUGGCAUACAUUGCAAUAAGAGCUAACCUGGCCAUUCUCCUUCCUUUCACACUUUCAUAUCUCCCAACAAUGAAAUAUCUUCCUCAUGGUCACCUGAAACAGCUGUUUAGAAAAUGGCUCCCUAAUUUGCCAUCCUGUGUAUAUCACAUACAUUAUAUAAACAUACUGUGUAUACCACAUGCAUUGUGUAUACAUGCAGCACUUACAGUCUGUAUACAUGCAGCACACACAAUCUAUAUAGAUAUAUGCAAUUGCCAUAUUUAAUGGUACCAAACUAGAGAGGGAGCUGUGUUUAGUCCCUCUUUUCCUUAUCCUUAAAUAUGGCAAUCCCACAUAUAGAAUGUAUGUACUGCAUUUAUAUAGAAUGUACAUGAUAUAUACAGUAUAGCACAUUAGGGAGCUAUAUUAUAGACAGCUAAUAAACAUUUUCUUAAUUCUGGUCUUUUGGCUGUUUAGUAGGCACCUCACUAAUUUAUGUGGGAUUACCAUUUUUAAGGAUGCCAAAUUAAGGACCUCUUUGCUUAACAGAGCCCCACUUGGACUAAUGGGCAUACGUUCUUGGGAAGCUACUGACAUUUUUUUCUGAAUUGUGUUUUGUUUCAAAAUGAUGAUUUCUGAAUUUGUGAUUGGCAAAUAGACAUCUAUUUAUAUUUGUAAUUUAUCUUUGGCUUUUUGUUAACUAUUGAUGGUGUAGGCAUACUUACAUUUUUCUAUAUCUGGCAAUGAGGUUUCUAGCAGCAAACUUUCUUUUUAAAAUUAUAAAUUUGUAAUGGUUUACUCAGGGGCCAUUUCCCUUCUCUAUUUGUUAAACAAUCCCUCUGACAUUCUUAAGAGACCAUAUUAAACCCCAAUCUAAUGCGCAAAUCUAUUGCAAAACACUUGUCGAACACUUGAGGGACCAGAGUAAUAAUCUUGUUUUGAUACAGUAGUAGUGAGCAGUAAUUGGCUAAAUAUAUGCACACUGCAUCCAAAGUUGUCUUUCACCCAAGGGCAAAUCCCAAAGUGUGCAUCUCAUUGCUUAAUGUCUUGUAACUGAUAAUGGCAUGUUAAUUGAAAGCUUUGUGAGAGAGCAUUUUGCUUAUGAGACACCCUUAGCACAUACGUGCUGUACUUAAGGAAAAAGCAUGGCAAAUUCGCCUUUAUUUGUUGACACAAUGCAAGGGUGAUUUUUAUGUAUCUCAUUAAUGUCUGCCUCAUCUCUGGUGCAUAUCAAUGAGUUAAUGGAGAGUGAUAUGUAGAUGUUAAUUUUAUUUACAUGCAACUACUGGGAAUAUAUUCCUUAAAAGCAACUACACAUUCAGCUUAGUAGCUGUACUGGGAAAAUCAGUUUAUUCGUUCAGUUAAUAGUAUAAUUUCAGCUGGAAAAUUCAUUCAAUUGCAAAGUAAUAUAGUCUUCUUUACAUAAUUAAUAUUGUUUAGCAAGUUUUUCACAUGUAAAAAAACAUACUUCCAGUUCCGUUAUAACUUUAAAUUCAUGAGAACCUUAUGUUUUUUAUUUUUUUAUUUUAUUUUUUUUAUUUUUAUUUUUUGUUCCCUGUCCAGGGUUGUAAAGUGGUUGGAUCUGCUGGCUCAGAUGACAAAGUUACCUACCUAAAGGAAAUUGGGUUCGAUGAAGCUUUUAACUACAAGACCGUAAGCUCUUUGGAAGAAGCUUUGAAAAACGCAUCACCAGAAGGCUAUGAUUGUUAUUUUGAAAAUGUAAGUAUUGUAUAAUGAAAUAAGAUUAAAAUAGGCAGAAUUGUGUUAAUAGCAUCACGCCAUAGAACACUGCAUUCUACGCACAAUCAUAAUGAAUAUUAAAGUAUUCAGUGAAAUAACAACGGUGGAACAAAAUGAUGAAAAAAACAAAGAAAGAAAAAAUGAAACUAGAUACGAACAGCAGGUGUCCCUAGAGAGUUGGGUAAGUAAUAUCUAAAUAGAGUCUAGAUAUAUGAUAUAUUAAAACUUAACUUUUAAUGUUGUCAUUAGAAUAAAAUGAGAGAAAAGUAAAGCAAUAGUUAAAAUAGGGUAAGCAGUCUGUUAGUAUAAGCUGUGCCAGUAAAGCAACAGCUCUAGUGAUUCUAAUUACAACAUUAAAAGUUAAGUUUUAAUGGUAUUUAUCUAGACCAGGGGUCCUCAAAAAAUGAAACUAGACACUACCAGCAGGUGUCACUAGAGAGUUAGGAAAGUAAUAUCUAAAAUAGAGUUUAGAUCAGUGGUCCUCAAAUCCGGCCCCCCAGAUGUUGCUGAACUACAACUCCCAUGAUUCUUUGAAUUACAUAGGUAGCCGUUUCUUUUCACUGAAUACUUUGUUCUGUUACAGAUGUAGUUAAACUAUCAUUGGCUGAAGCAACCUUUAGAAUGUAGUACAAUCUAAUGUUUAAAUGGACUAUAAAAAUAGCAGAUGCAAAACUAUAAAAAUAAAAUGUUCCUCUUCCAAUUGUCUCCCUUUGGUUUUAUUGUGAGUAAUGAGCACUGAACAUUUUAUCUUAUAGGAUAUGUAGUUCAGCACAUGGCAGAAAUUUAAUUAUAAAAAGGCAUGUGUAAUUCUGUUGCACAAGUAUUUUUGUUUUUUUGUGUUCUUUAUUAAUACGAUUUCUCCUGUUUAUAUACACAGGUAGGGGGUAAAUAUGCCGAUGUAGCCCUGCAACAAAUGAAUCAAUUUGGAAGAAUUGCAGUGUGUGGGGCCAUCUCUAUGUAUAAUGAUUCAGUGCCUCAAACAGGUAUAUUAUGAAAUUGCACAGUGUUAUUUUGUUAGCUAGUGUCUGCUUCAAGUCAGCUUUUUUAGUUAUUAAAGCUUUUUGUUACACACGUAUGGUUGUACACAUUGAGUUCCAUAGCAGAACAAGUAUCAUGCAGCGUAUUACAUCACAAUCUAUAUAUCGGUCAUUACAGGCUGUUUAGCAUGCGUGGAUUGGAGCAGGACCCAAAUCGGCCCCGUCCUCCAUAAGGUGUCUCCUGGCGCCUGGGUCUGGUGUGCAUGUCCUUACGUGGGUUUUGCUAACAUUCGGAACAGCAUCUACUUAACAUUUUGGCUUAGUAAUAUCAACAAUAACAAUAACCAAUGUUUUAACUGAACCAUCGCCUUUGUUAGAUUUCACUGUGUGUAUACCAGCUUUCAUCCUGAUACCUUAGCUGGUAAUAUGGGUCCUCUAGGGCAAGUCAGCUUUUUUAAUCAGGAAUAUGCUAUUCUGAAAGAAAUCUUAAUUGGCUAAAUAUAUAAGUACGUAUUAUAAAUGAUAAACAUUUUAUAUCACUGUGAAAGAAUAUUAUGAUAGAAAUAAGGAGCAUGAUCUGUAUUAAUAUCCUAUAACUCAUUUUUUUAAGUAAACAGGAAAUAUAGUGAGUGGAAUUGUUGAAGGUUUUGUAAGUUAGUGUCAACAGUAUGAAUUGGAUCUUGAAGAAUACAGUAAGACAAUGCAAGGAUUACCAGAGGGGUAAGGUAUGGGAGUAGUAUUAUUUACACCAGAACAGAGAAAUGUGGGUCUUUUGAAGGUUUGAGUCAUUAUAGUCAAGUCAGUGGGAUGUGUCCAACCACCAUCGAGAGAGGAUACAUGGAGUAAUAGCUCCUUAUCAAUAGAAACUCAGUCUAUUCACCAUUUUGAAAUAAUCUGCAAAUGCCACAAGAUGGUGGGGACACUUGCCUAUUGCCAGUAUGUUUCCCUCCAAAGUGCAAAAGCCUUCCAAGACCACUAGAUCUGUGGAAAAAGACUCGGCAGCAUUCUUCCUCUUCUCCAAUCUGCCAUCAGACCCAGUUUACAGAACUUGUGUUAGAAAAUGAUCCUGUUACCUCACCGAAAAUGUGAGCCAUCACAUAUUAAUUCAUAGAGAGAUCAAAGAUUUAGGAGAUAGAACAGAUCGGCUGGAACAUAAAACCGAUAAACUUAAAACAUAUGCUGACCUUCAUCUCCAAUCUAAGCAAAUUCCCCUGGAUGCACUACUAGGCUACAUCAAUUCCUUUUUUUAAAACUGUUACAUAGUUACAUAGCUGAAAAGAGACUUGCGUCCAUCAAGUUCAGCCUUCCUCACAUAUUUUUGCUGUUGAUCCAAAAGAAGGCAAAAAACCCAGUUUGAAGCACAAUUUUGCAACAAGCUAGGAAAAAAAUUCCUUUUGACCCCAGAAUGGCAGUCAGAUUUAUCCUUGGAUCAAGCAGUUAUUACCCUACAUUUAAAGAUUAUAUCCUUGAAUAUUCUCUUUUUGCAAGUAUGCAUCUAGUAGCUGUUUAAACAUCUGUAUGGACUCUGAUAAAACCACUUCUUCAGCCAGAUAAUUCCACAUCCUUAUUGUUCUUACAGUAAAAAACCUUUCCUUUGCCUUAGACGAAAUCUUCUUUCUUCCAGUCUAAAGCAUGACCUUGUGUCCUAUGUAAAGUCUGGUUUAUCAAUAGAUUUCCACACAAUGGUUUGUAUUGGCCCCGAAUAUAUUUGUAUAAUGUUAUCAUAUCUCCUCUCAGGCGACGUUUUUCUAAACUAAAUAGGUUUAAAUGUGUUAACCUUUCUUCAUAGCUGAUAUGUUCCAUUCCUUUUAUUCAUUUUGUAGCCCGCCUUGGCACUUUUUCUAGUGUCAUAAUAUCCUUCUUUAGAACAGGUGCCCAAAAUUGCACAGCAUAUUCAAUAUGUGGUCUUACCAGUGAUUUAUAAAGAGGCAAAAUGAUAUUCUUGUCCCGAGAAUAAAUGCCCUUUUUCAUGCAUGACAAUACCUUACGGGCCUUGGCCACUGCUGAUUGACAUUGCACAUUUUUGCAUAGUUUGUUGUCUAUAACAAUUCCCAAGUCCUUUUCGUGUGUUAUCCCUAAUUCGCUUCCAUUAAGGGUAUACGUUGCUUGUGUAUUUUUUACGCCAAAGUGCAUAACUUUGCAUUUUACAACAUUAAAUUUCAUCUGCCAUUUGACUGCCCAGUUCCCCAGUCUAUAUAAAUCCCUCUGCAGCAAAGUAAUAUCUUGCUCACAUUGUAUUAUUUUACAGAGUUUUGUCAUCUGCAAACACUGAAACAUGACUUUCAAUUCUGUCUUCAAGAUCAUUUAUAAACAUUUUAAAUAGAAGGGGUCCCAGAACAGACCCCUGAGGGACACCACUUGGCACCUCUGUCCAGCUUGAAAAUUUACCAUUAAUGACAACUCUUUGUACUCUGUUUUUAAGCCAAUGUUCUACCCAAGAACAAGCAUUUUCAUCUAGACUGAUUUCCUUGAGUUUGAACACUAAUCUAUUGUGUGGAACUGUAUCAAAUGCCUUGGCAAAAUCCAAAUAGAUCGCAUCCACUGCAACACCCUGAUCUAUACUUCUACUUCUUCAUAGAACGCAAUCAAGUUAGUUUCACAUGACCUGUGCUUCAUAAAACCGUGCUGAUUUUUGCUGAUAACCAUGUUCUUCUCAAGGAAUUCUUGAAUAUUAUCCUUUAAUAACCUUUCAAAUAUUUUCCCAGCCACAGAAGUUAAGCUCACAGGUCUAUAAUUUCCAGGCAAGGAUUUUGAACCCUUUUUGAAUAUAGGAACCACAUCUGCCUUCUUCCAAUCCUCCGGAACACUUCCUGAAAGAAAAGAAUCUUGAAAGAUUAAAAACAGAGGUUCACUUAUUUCUACACUUAGUUCCUUAAGUACUCGUGGAUGGAUACAGUCAGGCCCUGGAGUUUUGUUUAUAUUAACUUUCUUUAGUUGCUGCAGCACCUUGUCUUGAGUUAACCAAUUACAAUUAUUCUGCAAGUUUUUAGUAGCAAUCAUUUGCACAUCUAUUGCCAUGGGUUCUUCCUUAAUAUAUACGGAGGAGAAAUAGUUAUUUAAAAUUCCUGCCUUUUCCUGGUCUUCAUUAACUAACACCCCCGUUUCAGUUUUUAGUGUACCUACACUUUCAUUUUUUAUUUUUUUUUUAGAAUUUAUGUACUUAAAUGCUUUGGGGUUGGUUUUGGUCUCUUUAGCUAUCAUUUUUUUAUUUUGAAGUUUAGCAAAUCUAAUUGCCUUUUUGCACGCAUUAUUUGCUUCCUUAUAUAUUUUAUAAGGUGCAUCUUAUUUGUCUGAUUUAAAUGCUUUAAAUGCCCUUUUUCUUAUUUUUAAUCUCUUGUUUUACUUCUCUACUAAGCCACAUUGGUUUUAAUUUGUUUCUUUUAUAUUUUUUUCCCAAUGGUACAUACUGAGAAAUGUACCUUUCUAAUAUUUGUUGUAAGAUGAUCCAUUUAUCCUCAGUGUUCUUUUCACCAAAGAGUUUAUGCCAGUCAAUAUAUUGUAAAGCUGCCCUUAACUUAUUGAAAUUGGCCUUUUUAAAACUAUAUGUUUUAGUAUACCCCAUGUGCUUUUGUUUUUUUGAGUUUAUUUCAAAGGACACUAUAUUGUGAUCACUAUUUCCCAAGUGCUCACCUACUUGAAUGUUGGUCAAAAGAUUCAUGUUUUGUUAAAACCAGGUCCAGACAAGCGUCCAUUCUAGUUGGUGCUUGUACAAGUUGUGACAUGAAGGUGUCAUUUAACAAGUUUAAAAACCUAAUUCCCUUUGCCGAGCUACUAGUCCCUCUGUCCCAAUUUAUGUCAGAGUAAUUAAAUUCUCCAAUAAUUAAAGUGUUACCCAGAUUUGCAGCUUUCUCAAUUUGCUCAAACAGCUGUUGUUCCUCAUCAAUAUUAACAUUAGGUGUUUUAUAACAUAUCCCAACCAAAAGUUGGUUUCCCUUCUUUUCCCACAAGCAGAAAUUUUCCCAUAAAGCUUCCACAUUUUCCUCAUCGCAUCCCACUUGCUUAAGAUUUGGCUUUAAAUCAUGGUUGACAUACAAACAUACCCCACCACCUUUCUUGUUUUUCCUAUCCUUCCUAAAUAACAUGUACUCAUUUAAGUUAACUGCCCAGUCAUGUGUCUCAUCCCACCAUGUUUCAGUUAUACCUAUUAUAUCAUAUUGUUUAGUGUAUGCUACUGCCUCUAGUUCCCCCAUUUUGUUAUUUAGGCUCCUUGCAUUAGUAAGCAUACAUUUAAUAUCAUGAGUCACUUGUACUUUUUGUGAAUUAUCAACAUUACAUAGCUUCUCUGUUCUGAGCUUGCCCCUCCCCCUGUCUCCACCCCCCUUAUACUGUGCUAAAGCCCAUCUCCUUUCUGUCCUAUCUCCAUUUUGUAGAUUGCUAUGACCCUCCCCCCCUACUACUAGUUUAAAAUCUCCUCCAACCUUCUAGCCAUCCUAUCCCCCAGCACUGCAGACCCUCUCCCGUUUAGAUGCAAUCCAUCACUACUAUAAAGGUUGUACCCAAUUGCAAAGUCGGCCCAGUGCUCUAAAAACCCAAAACCCUCCUUCCUGCACCAAGACUUAAGCCACGCAUUGACCUCUCUAAUCUCCCGCUGCCUUUCCACUGUAGCGCGUGGCACAGGUAAUAUCUCAGAGAAUACCACCUUGGAGGUCCUUUUCUUAAGUUUGCUACCUAAUUCCCUGAAAUCAUUCUUUAGGACCUUCCAUCUUCCUCUUACUUUGUCAUUGGUACCAACAUGGACCAUGACCGCUGGGUCAUCCCCAGCCCCUCCCAAUAAUCCCUCCACUCUGUCAGCAACAUGCCGGACCCGAGCAUGCCAGACCCGAGCCGGGAGACAGCAAACUGUCCGGUUGAGCUGAUCAGAGCUGCAGAUUGCCUUAUCUGCUCUCUUGCCUUCCUUACAUUUUGAUCCCCACCCAUACUAGGGGGGCUGUUACCUCGGCUGUUAGAAGUAACAGCUUCCUCUAAAUUUUUAAAUCAAUCCUACCAACAAUGGCAGAGAAACAUACAAUAGUUAGAAUGUAUUUUUACCAUAAUGAAAAGCCUCUGAUGGCUGUAGCAUGCAAAAUCCUAACCAUACCGGAGCAAUAAAUACAUCUUUCUAUAUAUGUGAAUUUAUCUGCCACCACACUGGCUAGAAGACGCAAGUUCCUCACCAUUGCUAAUUCUUUUCACAACAAUAAAUUGGCCUAUCGUUGGUGCUUACCAUCAAAUCUGCUUAUAAAGGUUUACCUUUAUAAGCAGUUUUGAUGGUAAGCACCAAAAAAGGGAUGCUAAAUAGGAGGACAGUUAUCAAUGAUUGUCAUUUGCUUCUUGAACCAGUUCCAGCUUCACAGAACUCUGCACCACAGACACAAAUCUUCCCCAAGUUGCAAAAAGCUGGAUCCUCCCCUUGAGAAACCAGCUGGCCAACUCUGCUCCUUUUCUGGCGUGCACUGCACAGGCCACACUACAGGACUGUAGUCUCUAACUGCAAGUUUAUCACUAGAUUUACUUGUGUUAAUAUUAGUAUUUGUCUGCUUGCCUUUUCUAGUUAUUGGUAUGUACAGAGCCCCAUAAGGAAUAUCUUGCUUUAAAGAGCAUGCAAGAUAUUAAUAUUCUGCCUUCGAGGCCACCUAGUGCCACAUCAGGUAGUUCUCCAAAGGAUGGCACUUCCCUUAUGUAGUAUAUUGAAUACUCAUGGGCACUGGGUGUAAGUUAUUGGUAGUCAGUGUACCAGCCACUGCACCUAAGGGUCAUAAUGAUUAUAUAUCCUCUCGAACGAGAGGUUUAACCUAUUUAUGCCCCUUUGCAGUAGUCUAGCCAUUAUAAACAAGUCACAGCAAAUAAUAAUUUUAUAGCCCCUAAGGAUUUUUAAUUAGUGCCACCAGUUCCCCUGUUUUUGGUUUUCAGCAAUUACACCACAUAUUUUCAGAUUGAUUUGAUGAUUUACUCUAGUAUAAUUCUGGACCUUUACUGAAUGGUCCAUACAUUACCCCACUCUAUUGAGAUAUUAUGCAGUCCUAUCUAGUACAACAGUUACUUUUACGUGGACAUACAAUAAUUCAAUUACCUACAUAGUUAUACUGGUUUUGUUACUUUAUAUUUUUCUUUGUGUUGGUCAGUACAACUCAUAUUGGCUUGGACCCUUCUAGUCCUUUUGUUGCUUUCUUGUCCACACUGAUUUACCAGGCCCCUCUAUAGGCCAUCAUGAAAGAUCAGUCACAUUCUUGGCUCCUUAAAGCCAAUAAGGGACUGUAGUUAACCCUCAAUCUCUGCUAGAGGGCUGGUUAUGGUUGGAUUCGAUUCUUCUCCCCUUUAGUUAAUUUGGCUUAUUCUUUUUAAGUACUGUCACUCAAUGUUAAGGGUUUAAAUAGCCCUGAGGAAAGGUGUGUGACAUUCCUAGAACUUAACCAUUAAGGAGAAGUCAUAGUUUGCCUGCAAGAAACACACUUUAGCAACUGCAACCUGCCAACAUUUUAAUCACACAGAUCUUCCUUGGGAUUCCGCUCCUGCGCCCUUAAGUCCAAGUGGGUUUCUAUCCUUUUCAAUAGGAGGUGGGCUGUUACAGUAGAUAAGAAAUAUUCAGAUAAUGAAGAUAGUCCUAAUUCUGGUUGCAGCCCUUAAUUACCACACUAUGACACUUACCAUCCUUUACUUCCCAAACAUCUGCUUUUAUCCUUCCUAAAGACUUUCUGUAAAUUUAAGGCUGACACCGUGCAAUUGAAAGUAUGCAGUGACUUAAAUUGCAUCCUAGACCCACCCUUAGACAUCUCCUCUUGGUCCCCACCGAGUCACCAAAGAAGGGUUAGAAAAUUCAAUAUUCUGAAGUGAAUUACAAAAUAGAAAGAACAAGUGGAAGCAAAAUACUAUAUGAAGAGUAUCUAGGACAGACACUAGGGGAUAACCCUUAUAAACUGGAAAACAGAAAGACAUGUUCUGUCCUAAUAGUAGCACUUAUAUAGACAAAAUUAUUAAAAUAUAACAUUUAACAGGUUCAAUAAAAAUUGGAGAGACUAAAAGACACGGGAACACAGGGGAAAAAACAAAAAAUUAGUAGAGAGUUUGCUGUUUAUAAUUGCUAUAUAGACGAAAGAAUCUGAGUGGUAGAGCCACUAGGAUUAAAAAUAGAAAUAUACUGCUAGAUUGACAUAUCGGAGAUAUGGUGUAAUGAAAAAUAACAAGGAAACCGGGUCCCAGAAUAGGAAGUGCAACAAAGAAACAAGGUAGCAGUCUACAAUAAUAAUCAGUGCAGCUACCACAAAUCUUGUUUAUAGCAAGUGAAAAAUGGUACUAGAUGAACCUCAAAACAGGGGGGGUAUCACCUAAAUGUCUAGAAAAUACAAAUCUAGAACAUGGGACAAUAUCCUUCUAGUAGCAGUAUAUAAAUUAGCAAAGGUGAAUAUACUAGUUAGCAGUAAGGGUGUGAGCAGUGGACAGGAGAAGGUCACUGGCAGAGUGGAGAGACCGAGAAGGGGAAUAUCUAUAUGAAUAAGGGAAGAAAUGUAAAAGGAGCUAGAGUUGGUUAGAGCUUUAUAGGUAAGGGUUAGUAUUUUGAUUUAACACCUAUAGGUUACAGAAAGCCAGUGUAUGGAUGGACAGAGGGGCUGGGUAUUGGAGGAGCCACUGGUGAGAAAGAUCAGCCUGCCGGCAGCAUUCAGUACCAAUUGUAGCAGGGCAGUUCGGCUUUUGGGGAGAACAACUAGGUGAGAAUUACAGUAGUCCAUGCGAGAGAUAACCAGAGCUCCUUGGCAGCUUCAUGUGUGUGAAAGGGGCAGAUGCGGGCGUUUUGCAAAACACUACCAUAGUGAUCUUUUUAUAGACUGCUUUGCGGACCCUUUGAGUUGUUAUAUGGGACCUUCUGAUUAAAGCAGGACCCACACAGAAACAACUAGCUAUCCUAAAGCUACCUCCUGGCCAGUUGGCAUCAUUGGACACUGUAAAAAAAAAAAAGCACUCCUCAAAGAAGAGCUAAACCAUCACCACUGAAAGACACCUGCCUAGAUUGAAUCAGUUAUAUUAUUCCCAAGGCAACAAGGCAGGGAAGCUGCUUGCACCUAUAUAGUUACAUAGUAACUUGCUUCCAUCAAGUUCAGCCUUCCUAACAUCUGUUUUUGCUGUUAUUUCAAAAGAAGACAAACAUACUGUUUGAAGAGCUUUCCAAUUUUGCAACAAACUGUUAAUUCCUUCUUGACUAGAGAAUGGCAGCUAGAUAUCUAAUUUGAACAACAAUCAGUUACCCCAUAUAUUACAAAAGUUCUUCCUAAAUAUCCUGUUUUUGCAAGUAUUCAUCCAGUUGCUGUUUAAACAUCUGAUAAAAUAACUUCUCUUGGGCAGAGAUUUCCACACCCUUAUUGUUCUAACUGUAAAACAACAAAACACUUUUAUUUGCCUUAGACUAAAUAUCCUUUCUUCCAAUCUAAAAUGAGUGACUUUGUGUCCUCCUAGCUCAAUUAGGAAAGAAACACUCCAAUCCACAAUUCCUCAUUUGUUCUCAGCGGCGGUGCAAAACUCGCAAGCCAUAUAGUAAAUGAGCUAACCUCAUUUUAUGAAUUAAUUUAUGAUCCUUCCUUUCUAGUGUGUGUCUCUCAGUGGAGGCUUAUCAAUAGGGGCAUUUGGGGAAGUGCCCCAUCAAUUUUGAAGUGGGAAAAACAUUUAUUUGCAGUAGUUUAGAAACACUAAGGUAAUUUGGAAGGGAGGGUGGUACGCCAAAAAUAUAUGGGAAUAAAUUAGUCUAUCUUUAAUUCUGUAAUAGGUUUCAGUACUGCAGGGCCCUAAUUGGUAGCUGUUUGGAGACGCUCUAUGGAGAGCAUCUAGGCUUUUCAAACUAGCCCCAUUUUUUUUACAUCAGCCCUGUUUCAUCAGGUUUUACCCUUACCUAGUGUCCUUUAAGAAGGAAUUUCAGAAAUUCCAAUUGAGAUGCAAUUCGGGCAAGAAAAACAAGCGGAGUGAAGGCUAUUGGCCUCUCUAUUCAGGCACCAUAAUUGGCUGAUAGCACCAGGGAUGGGCUUACAGUGCACACAGAAGAGAGAAACAAGAAGCCAUCUUGUAAGUAACACACAGAGAGAGAGAGCACAGCAGCGCAGCAGGUCCUGGCCUCUGCCAAAUGUAAGUGUAUAUUAUCUUUUUCUCUACCCAAUAGAGCCAGUGACAGCCUGAGGAUUAAGCAAGGAAAUUUGCUGAAAUAAAUAUAUAUUACAUGGUCAUGGGAAAUAGAGAGCUAAUAGUGAGUCAGCAGUAAGCUAAAAUGGUUGGAGUCUAUCGGUAUCUUGAUGAUAACUAUGUGCACACUGUGUGCUGAGAGCUAAUGGAAUAGCUAACUUGUUUCAUAACAGCAAUAUUUAAGAGAAAGCUACAUUUAUCAUGUAGAAGCACUACUGAAGAUUAGGUCAUGUAAGGGAGAACUAGGAGAGGGCUAGGGAUAUAGAGCGAGAGCUAUAGCAUUUUGCAGAGACAUGUACUGUGUGGGCAUCUCUGUACACAGAGGUUGAGGUCCAUAAAAUGCCUUGAUAGAUUCCCUAAUUCUUAUGCCAAGUAUGCAGAAAACUUGGUUCCCCAUUUUACUGCUAUAAGCUUGCAAAAUAGCUAAUGUGAGCGCAGAUUUCAAACCAAUGUGCUUGUUGAACCUUAAAAUAUGUGCCUUCCUUUUUUUAGCCAACCACUUAAGAUCCCCUCGUAUCCAUUUUCUGACUUUGUCCUAGGGUGCCAGAUGAUGAACAAUACCAGACGCUUUCUCAAUAUCAUGGAAUUAGGGCAUUGAGAAUUGCAUCAUCAGGAUUUAAACUUGAUGGGAACAAAUAAGAGAAAUAUGCACUUCUGUCUCUAGGGGAACUGCCAAGAAAAAGAUUUCAGUUUUUUGUAGGCUCCAUUUUAAUGCUUUAUUUUUGUCCUCCUACUUAGACCUUUUUGAAGGUAUGGGUUUUAGUUAAUCUGAAUUCUGAAAAUGUAACCAUAUUUUAACUGCAUUAGUUUAUCUUCAUAAACUUUAUCCAAAUGAUGACUUGAUAUUUACUAAUGUUCUACCAUGUGUCAGGUGGGGUUCUGCUAAAUGCAUAAAAAUAGCGACUAGACAGCCAAUUUAUAAACAUUUAGUAGAUAUGACACCUUAUGCCGCAUGCCAGGUGGGGGUAUAUGGUGGUAAAAUACCUCCAUUAUAGUAGUGUUUUUUUUUAUUUUUUAUUUAUGUAUUUACUUUUUAAUGUAGCUUCUGAUUAGCAAGCGCUGUGUGGUGGAACCAGCCUCGCCACUGGGCAUUGGAGAAGACUGAUUGCCAGCCUCCUGCCCUGUGACUAUGGCCCCAUGUUGAAAUGCUUGAGUUUCCCCUGCAAAGACCCGAAAGCCGGGUCAUUCGGUACUUUCCCUAUUUGAACAGUGAUACCCCAGAUAGCUAUGCCAUGGAGCCCAUUCGUAUAACGAAAGACUAUGUGAAAGACUUUGGCUCCAUGGCAAUUGAACUGUAUGUAUGUGAUCUGAGCGUAAUAAUGUGCGCUCAGAUCUAAGCUAUCUGGGGAUAUGUUGAAUGUACCUCUUUUAUGCAAUAGCUGCACAGUUAUAUAUUUUUAUGUAUUUUAUUGUCUUUUGCUACCAUGUGUUCAAUGGAGUUUUACCUCUGUCCUUGGAGGUAAUUGGAUUACUUCCCAAUUAUCUCCAGGAUAGAGGACUCUGUGGAACUGGUUUGGGCUGGAAAAGCCAUGCUUCAGUGGUCACAAAGGACUUUCGACCUAACUUUUGAACCACUGGACCAAUUUGAAUGAUUUUUGAGUAUAUUUAUAUUAUAUUUAUGAAGGACGCUGAUUUCAAAUAUGUAAUAUUUUAUUAACAUUGCAUGCAUACUUUUAAAGUUAUAAGAAUUGUGUAAAAACUGUAUUUUCUGCGCUAAUUAAGUUAGUCUAUUGUCUUGAGAUAAUUGUAUCACAGGCAGAGGGGAGGAUUUCUGCUGGGAGUGAUUUACUUUAUUGUAUGUGUUGUAAUGUUUUUAUACAGUCCUGUAUGUGUUAAACCUGCAUAAAAGAAGGCCCUUUGGUGCCAAGUAAGAGAAAGUUCUACUUCACCCUCAAUUUGGAGUGCCGUCUCUUAUAGGUGGAAUCUGCAACAAGGGAUUGCUAUGCUAGGCAUACUCCCUUGCUAUAAUCACUCCUAAGCUCUUGUAAGAGCUUGUUCCUGCCUUGCUCUCUGGAGGAGUUUUAUUUUUUUAUCUAUUUCACAGUAGGUUUAUAGUUGCAUCUCAGAUAGAUGGAUAUAUAAAACAAAAGCAUAAAAAGUCAAAUGGUGUAGUAUAUCUACAUACUUGUAUACAAUGAAUGUGGAAAGCGGCUUACAUUUAAUAGAGCUUCAGGCCAGCUCUGAAAUUCAGGCUUGGGUGGAACAUCCUCACCUUGAGAUAUGUGAGUACUUUUCUUCAAUAGGUAUAGAUCCUCCAUGGACUAUUGGUAUUGAAUAUAAAACAAAAGACAGGAGUAAAAUAUAUAUUGUGUAUGUAAUAGGAGUGUGUGUGUGUGUGUGUGUGUGUGUAUAUGUAUGUAUAUAUAUAUAUAUAUGUGUGUGUGUGUGUGUGUGUGUGUGUGUGUGUGUGUGUGUGUAUGUAAUGUAUGUGUAAAAUAGCCCUGAAUGCCCACAAAGUAACUCCAAGCCAUCAAAGAUGUCAACCAGGGGAAUAUACUUAUUGUUUACACAGUUCAUUCAGCCAAUAUAUGGCAGAAGGAUUACUUGUAUGGAAUUUGUUUUACUUCAGACUUUGGAGGUUUAGUGUCAUCUUAUCGGCUUCCCUACCUGUACACACAGACAGGUUACUUCUUAAUGAUAUGAGGUUUGAAUUCAAUAACUAAGAAAAUUUCCUACAACCUGGAAUAAAGGAGCAAAACACUUGGUUAGUCUCCUGCCUACCUGUCUAGUACUUUAUUAACAUUUAUACUACAGGGCCGUUGAAUGCUUCAAUCGGAUUGGUUGAUGAACGUUCUAAGGCGUGCAUUAUUUUCAGGGAGAUGCACGGCUAAAGUAGUUCCAGACUUGACCGCAUUACAGUUGCGUAAGAAAUUAGUCCUACAUACAAGAUCGUUUUAAUGACAAAAACUUGACAAACGUCUUGAAAUACAUCACCUGAACAAUGUUUCAAGGUGAGGUAACUGUAGUCUAAGCGGAAUAAUUGACUCCAGGCCAUUGAAUUAUUAGAAAAAAAUAAUGCACACCUGAGGUGUAACCGCCACUCCGCUUCGCAUCGUGACCGCAUUACAACCUCGGGGGUGCAUUAUUUUUCUAAUUCAACGGCCUGUCGUCAAUUAUUCCUUACAUAAUAACAUUAUUUCAUGUAAGGUACAUGAAAGUAAAGCAAGAGAUGGCCAAUCAAAGUAUUGUACUAAUAGUAAAUGUAUUAUUUGUUUCUUUAAUACUAACAACAAAUCUGUUUGAUCCCCACAGGACCUUACAUACAGCCAGUUAUGCUCUUUAAGCAACUUCGCAUGGAAGGGUUCAUCUGUUACCGCUGGAUUGACAAAUUUCCAGACAUGCAAAAACAGCUUUUGCAGUGGGUGUCAGAGGUGAGGACAGCUUUAUUUUUGUGGAAUGCAAUUCACGUUUUUAUUUGUUUGUCAACACAAUAUUCUACACUUUACAAUUGGUAAGCAAAAUAUAAUUAAAAGGCAAGCUAACCUAAACAUAGUUGUACAAUAGGCCAAGUUAGCUUAUGGUCUAAAGGAAAUGAGACAAUUCCAUAAAAGGCAAAAAUACAUUAAUAACAAAAAGUAAUAUAUUAAAAUAUAUAUAUAUAUAUAUAUAUUGCCUUGCAAAAGUAUUCACCCCUCUUGGCAUUUGUCGUGUUUUGUUGCCUCACAACCUGGAAUUAACAUGGACUGUUUGAGGGUUUGCAUCAUUUAAUUUACAGAACAUGCCCACAACUUUGAAGCAAACAACAAAUAGGACAAAAUAACAGAAAAGGUCAAUGUGCAUAACUAUUUACCCCCUUAAAGUCAAUACUUGGUAGAGCCACCUUUUGCGGUGGCUCUACAAAGAGCUCAACAUUUCCAGUUGCGAGUAAAUAUUUAAGCCAUGUAAAAUGGAUUUUCACAGCUGGUUAUUGUGCAAUAUAUUAUCCAGACUUUCAGUGGCGUGUAGCUUUUAUUCACUCUAGGGGGCAUUAUCCUUAAAUACCCCAAGUGUGUAAAACAAUUGCAUAUUAACACAAAUCCUUAAACAGGAAGAAAACAGAUUUGCAUUCAGGUUUGUCUUGGGGAUGUACAGGUCAGUAGAAGGACUGUGGAAUGCUAUAUAAUUUUUUAGAACCACACAGAGUUUCUGUUUCUUGAGUGGUGUUGUGCUGGUUUUUGGUAUGCAUUGAUAACAUUUUAUUGUGCAUACAAUUUUUGUUCCUAACACUGCAAAGCUAUUAAAAUCACUUUUUUGAAAUAUACGUGUGCCUUUUUUUUUCUCUUUCUAGGGUAAGCUGAAAUACCAUGAACAUGUCACAAAUGGCUUUGAGAACAUGCCAGCAGGCUUUAUUGGGAUGCUUAGAGGAGAUAAUAUUGGGAAAGCUAUAAUAAAGGUGUAACUUGAAUGUCAAUGUACUCAUUCGUCAGAUUUAAAAAAUUCUGCAUGUUUGAUUUGCCAGAUCCUUUAAUUUCUUGAUAACCAACUGUGUUCUCCUUUGAAUCAUGGUCCAGUUUUCUAAUGGAUACAUAUAUAAAAGGUGGACUCUUACUACAUGCUGUGUCUACGUGGAUGUGUUCUUUGUCUUGUAUUUUUUAAUGAUUUAGUUAAAUAGCACUCACUAUCAAAUUAAUGUCAUUUUACAGUAGAGGGGAGUAGCAGCAAAGGCAAUAGUUAUACAGAUAUUGAAUAUUCCAAUGUAUGUGCAUUGUGUAGAAAACGAAUAAACAUUACAAUAACAAAGGUGUUCUAUAUUCUGAAGCUUUGUUUA